AAAAAAAAACCAAGAUGGCGGCGAAGUGUGAUCGAGCUUAGAUUGGAACACAGUGGAGGAGAGGGUUCUAUCGCAUUACUGGCGUUGAAUCCUAUUUAGUGCAGGUAUGUAUGGAGCUCUGACACUAAAGGUGGCCUUCAAUGUGAAUUUAUAAUAAAAUACAGAUUUUAAUAGGGGCUAUAUGGGGGAGGUCAGCAGCAGAGUCUUCUAAUAUUCACAUUACAGUCAGUGCCUAUUAAACUGAACAAGGAGACUCAUUGUAUGUGUUUAUAGUAUCAUGGUAGAGUGAUACUGAAUGGGGGGGAGGACUACCCUUCUCAUUAUGCUCAGGCAGACUAAAACCUGGCAUCAUGGGAUAUGUAGUUCUUGGUAAGGAUGUUUAGCCAUCCCUGUGUAUAUGACAGCUAGUGCAAACCUCUGGUUGUAAUAAUAAUAAUAAUCAUCAGUUUUCAGAAUAAGCACCAGUUGUAAUUUUUUACAGAAGUAUUUUUUUUUGUUCUUUGUCUCUAUGUACUAUAGAGUCUUGCUCAGUUACCUCCUUAAUUCCCUUUACAUUUUACUAGUGGCUGCAACUCUGUUGACUUCCUUUAACCAUCACUUGCAAAUUCCCCAUGCAGCCUCUUGUCUCAAAUCCCCAUACUAUGCUUUUAGAUUGUAAGCUCACGGGCUAUCUAACUGAGCACGUUGUUUAAACCAUUAAGGACCAAACUUCUGCAAUAGAAGGGAAUCAUGACAUGUCAUGUGUCCUUAAGGGGUUAAAAGAGCUGCAGUGGAAAGAUCUCCGCUUACGGAAAGGGCCCUCUCUUUACAUUUUGUAUUUGUCUAUGUAUAUUGUAUGUCCUCCCUUGAUUGUGCAGUGUUGCGAGAUAUUUUGACGCUUUAUAAACGCCAGCGUUAAGUAAAAAAAUAUAGGGCUAAUAGUUUUCCAACAUGGUAGUGAUAUCCUAACAGUUAAGUUGUAGUUAAAUUUAUGCUUGUUGAACAUACAUUUGGCUGUUAUUUGUACAGGGAUUAUAGAAUCAUGUUAGACAGGGUUAACAGGGUUUUGCUUUUAAGGUUCACCCAUAAAGUAAGCAUUGAUAUUAUUGCAUCCCAGUUGUACUUGCAUGAAGUAUGUUUUUUUUUGUUUUGUUUUGUUUUUUAAAUACCUCAGUAUAUUGUGAUUCUUAGCUCUUCUCUCAGGUUUAUUUGCCAUCGGAAAUUGUAGAGAAUUUGCAAGGUAAUUGUAAACUAGACAGGCUGGUAAAUAGGUGAAUUGUAGAAUUCCCAACAUUUCCAAGUUUAGGGGAUAACAAUUUUCAGUUGAUUUAAACAAUUGACUAAACUUUUGUUUUUAAUUACAGGAACAAGCAGUAAAUCGUCUCUGGGUGAUUUUUUUUUAUUUUUUUAAUUUUUUUUUUUUUAUUCUUCACUUCUUCAAGAUGAAUUACAGAAUUAGUUUUUUACACGCUGAGUGAACGAGGAGUCGUUAACACCAUGGAGAAGAAACGCAGAAAGAAAUGAAAGCCAUACACCCUGGUUGAUGGCACAAAGACGCUGAUAUGUGGACUUCUGUUAAUCCUUGAAACCUACUUUAUUGCUCUUCUGGCUGGACAGUGGUGGGCAAAGACCGCAGGAAGCAAAUCUGGUUUUUGUUUACUCACAGGCUGUGACUUAACCUUGUGAAUUUAAAACCAUACUUUUUGAACAUGAGGUUUGCAAACUUCUGGCUGCAGCUGGUAGUGAUUUUCUUGUGCCUGAAAAAGCACCAGAGUACUAAACCAGCAAAUUCAUCAUAUGAGCCCGGGACCUGUGGUGGCUGCUCACAUCUCACUCUUAAAGUAGAGUUCUCGUCUAAGGUAGUGGAAAAUGGUAAGCUAAAUUAAGUGGUGUUCGGGCAUUUCCUGCUGUACUCAAAACUAAUAUUUCAAGAUGUUGGGGACAGAAGCAUAAUUUAUUGUUUAAACAUGAAAGUAUGUGUAUGCUCUGAAUAUUUGGUCUGUAGAAAUGCAUACAUAAUCUCUAAAGCCACCUUGCACAGUGUCCACAAUUAAUUGAUUGACUCCAACUACCAUAAAUAGUUUUGCCAGACUGUAUUGGAACUCUCGUCCAAUAACAAAUGGAAGGUCUAACAUUGACACCCUUGGUCAUGACACUUCUAAAAUACAGAUUUUUCUAAAGAUAUGAAGGGUUGUUUACCAAAGUGAGAACAUUAAAAGUAAAUGUAAAAUUUUAGGCCAGAGUAGCUGAACUGAAAGCGAAGCUAUUUUGGAGGAUUUUUCCAGUUCGGCUAUUUUGACCUUAAAUUUGCAAUUCACCGUUUAGUGGAUAGCCCUGAUGGUGUUUCUUACCUUGUAAUGUUGUUCUUUGCAGGUCUGUCCUAUAUUUAGUACUUUCAUUUACUUGCUGACUUUGGCAGAAUAUGCACACUUUACAGUAUUUUAAAUCUCUGUAUAAACAAAAACAUAUUUAUAUAUGUAGCUUUCACCAGUCUACAGAAAAGUGUAGCUAUUGGUAUUCAUUUUAUUGUCUGUCACAAAGAAUGGCUAAGAUGAUUUUGCCAGGUUUCAAACUUGACAUACUUGAACCACUGAGCUAUAUCCCCUGCAUAUAUAAUAAACUCCUGCCUUGCAUUCCAAAAGAUAUUAGCAAUUGCUAAUGUUAGUGUGCGCUCAUUCCUAGCUUUACUGAGAUAUCUAGAACAGAGAGGUUCUUGGCUAACUAUUCUUGGUGAUCAGCAGAAAGUUUUUAUGACCGUGUUAAGUAAAUGAUACAGGAUGGUGGUGAGAUGCACUUAUACACCACUGGUCUAGAAAUGCUUUUUAUUUUCCACAAAUCGUAGGGUGAAAUACAGGACAUAUAAUAUAGCAAUAUUGCUUGUUUGCCACUUUUCACCAAAUGACCAAAGAAAAUUAAGAGAGCUAAAAAUUAGUUUCACUUGUGUUUGAAUGAUUCUUUUGAACAUGGGCAAAUAUGUAAUUUGAUUUUCCUAUAUUAAAGGAACACUCCAAGGACCAUAACCAAACGUUCAAAUGAAUACACACACACACACGUGUUAAUUUGGCAUACUGAAAGGGCCACUUGACCAUCUGUGGUUUUUGUUCAGACUGGAUAUCUUCAGAUUCAGACUGUUGCUUAUUACGCAACUCACCAAGCAACUUACUUAUCAGAAAUAUUUGCAUUUUCAUUUAACUCUGGGAAACGUUCUCUCGUCCACAAUGUAAAUUAUCUUUGAUACUUUCUUUCAUAUGCUUUACUACUUAACUGAUUACAGCACAUACUAGAAAAUUUACUUUUCUGCGUCACUUAUAAAGUAAUGGUAAUGAAGUCCUUAGCUCUUUAAUUCACUUGAAGGUACAGUGGCGCAUUCUUCAUUCUGCAAAGCUCACAACAGAAUUUAAAUGUAUGUGACGUGCAAGUCACAACAUGUUUUAACUUUUCUGGAGUAAGGAAAUUAUUAGGAAUUGGGAUUUCUUAUUUUACUGAAAUUAACAUAACUCCUGAUCCCAUUGGCAUUCCAUCUUCAAAUUUGGUACAGUUAAAGAGGAAUGCUAUAUUUAAAAUCUAUAUUUAAAAAAAAAGAUUAAGUUGCCACAUUAUUGAUUACAACUGCUUAAACAUAGCAAUAAGUAAUAUCUCCUCUGAAAGAGCUCUUCUUGAAAUUUCCAAAGAUGCCUCAAUCACUCCUAUAGGUACCCUGGUUACUGAAAUAUGCAAUGCGUUCCAGAGGAAUCGCAAUGUUUACAUUUUGCUUAAUCUUGCCCCUAUUGACUGUCAGACUGACCGUCUCUUUAAGGUCUUCAUGUUAGAAUGUUUGGAGUCAUCAUGCUGUGCCUUAUGAUGCCAAAUACGGCUGUUAGAGAAGCAUUGAAUUGGUCAUGUGCUGUGAUUCUUGUGCAUCUUUUGUAGGUGCUUUUCUAUGUGCCUGAGUAACUGGCGCAAAGAGACUGGAUUACAUGUGAGCUUAAAGGGACACUUCACUGACCAAAUACAAAACCACUUUUUUAGUAGAUCUAAAUCCAAUGAAAACAUGCAUGUAUAUAAUUAUGAUUUUUUUGGGGGGUUAUAUCUAAAGGCGAUAUCUUGUCUGCAGCCUUUGCAAAUGCCCCCCCUUCUCCCGAAGGCUUUCUGUGGCUGUUAGGGGACCAAUUUUCUCAUUGACAGCCCUGAGGUUAUAACCAGGUUAAUGCCAAAUUGCCAGUUUUUGUAAAAUAAGAGGACCCACUCUUCACACAUAAAGCACUUCAGCAAGCUGGACUCUUUUAAAGACUUUAAAAUCAUAAAGGAAACUUUUUUAAACAUAUAUUUGUUUUAAAGUUUGAUUAGUCCUUUAAGCAAACCAUUACUAAUGAACAUAUACAAUAUAAUAGCUUAUAUACGCACAAAUACAUUGAUACAAAGCAACCACAGUAAAAAUAACACCAGCAGAAUACGGCAGCAUACAGACCUCAAUUUAAAAAAAAAAAAAAAAUAGGACCGGCACGCUACGGGACAUCACAAUCCUAUAUCGGCCCAGUGCUGCUAAAAGGUUGCCUACCGCUGGUGUAGGGAUUGACUUACUACCGUAUAUACUCAAGUAUAAGACGAGUUUUCCGGCACUUUUUUGUGUGCUGAAAACCCCCCACUCGUCUUAUACUCGAGUCAAUGUCUGUAUUAUGGCACUUACAUUGCCAUAAUACAGACAAGGACAGCCGGGCUCAUUACAAGCACGGCGGUCCUGUUGGGGGCUGGCAGAGAGCUGUAACUUACCUUUCCUGCAGCUCCUGUCAGCUCCCUUCUCUCUCCUCUGUUCCGGUCAGCCCCACUGCAAGUCUCGCGAGAGCCGCGGGGUCGGAGCGUUGCCACGGGUUGCCGUGGCAACGCUCCGUGCGGCACUCACACCGCGAAACUUGCAGUGGGAGCUGACCGGAUUGGAGGAGAGAGAAGGGAGCUGACAGGAGCUGCAGGAAAGGUAAGUUACAGCUCUCUGCCAGCCCCCCUCCUACACAGCCCAUGCCACUAGACCACCAGGGAGUGAGAGCCCCCCUCCCUGCCAUGUAUCAAGCAGGGAGGGGGGACAAAGAAAAUAGAAAUCAAAAUUUAAAUAAUACAAGGCUCUGCAUCACAUACACACACUGCACUCAUACACACACACACUGUAAAUAUUCAAUUAAUAUAAUUUUUUGGGGAUCUAAUUUUAUUUAGAAAUGUACCAGUAGCUGCUGCAUUUCCCACCCUAGUCUUAUACUCGAGUCAAUAAGUUUUCCCAGUUUUUGGGGGUAAAAUUAGGGGUCUCGACUUAUAUUCGGGUCGACUUAUACUCUAGUAUAUACGAUAUUAGUGACUCAGCUUACUGUCCUGCUUUAAAAAAAUAUUCUAACCUUUUAUAAUGUGUAUUUCAAUGUGCCUACUCUACAGGUUUUGAUAGCAAUGAGUAGAUAAGCAUAUUUUAGAGACACAUAGUACCUUGUUGAUAGUUUUAAUUUUUAUUUUCUUUCUCAGAGUACAUUGUGGCAUUCAAUGGAUACUUCUCUGCUACUGCUCGCAGUAAGUUUAUUUCCACUGCACUGAAGAGCACAGGCAUUGAAGACUGGAGAAUUCUACCUAGAAAUAACCCUGCCAGCAAUUACCCAAGUGACUUCGAACUCAUUGAAAUCAAGAGUGGACAGGAAGAUGGAGUGCUAACUCUGGAAAAUCACCCUAAUAUUAAGCGUGUGACACCCCAAAAACAAGUCUUCCGUUCUCUCAAGUUUGUGGACAGUAAGUGUGAAUAAAUAUUUAAAUUUCUUCUUAAGGGCUGGUGUUGGCCUUUUGUAAACAAAGAAAAAUUAAAAGCAAUUAGACAUCUUCUAUAUUUGUUAUAUGAUCACCACACUGCCCAAAUUAAAAAAAUGCCAAUGAAAGCACAUGUGCAUUUAUUUUCAUUGUGGCAUAUCUAAAAAUAGUUUGCGAAAUCUGCAGAUCUCUUGUCUGCAGCCACUGCAAUCCAUCCCCUCCUUCCCCAGCCCAGACUUUUUGUGGCUAUCUGACCACAGACUUCCCAGUGGAGCUCACUGUGAAGUUUUUCCAAGGCAGGUACUUGGAGGAAUUGCCUGCCUCUUAAAGGAUCACUGCACUGCCAAAAUACAAAUGAAAUAAAAAUCACUGUUUAAAAUAUAUAUCACAAAUGAAAACUUGCAUGCAUUUAAUUAUGUAUUUUUUUUGUUUUAUUUUUUUCAUUGGGGCUAUAUCUAAAAACAGCUUGUAAAAGCGGCAGUACUCUUGUCUGCAAUCCUUCCUUGCAAUGUCCCCUCGUAGACAUUCCUUGCAAUGUCCCCUCGUAGACAUUCCUUGCAAUGUCCCCUCGUAGACAUUCCUUGCAAUGUCCCCUCGUAGACAUUCCUUGCAAUGUCCCCUCGUAGACAUUCCUUGCAAUGUCCCCUCGUAGACAUUCCUUGCAAUGUCCCCUCGUAGACAUUCCUUGCAAUGUCCCCUCGUAGACAUUCCUUGCAAUGUCCCCUCGUAGACAUUCCUUGCAAUGUCCCCUCGUAGACAUGUCCCCUCGUAGACAUUCCUUGCAAUGUCCCCUCGUAGACAUUCCUUGCAAUGUCCCCUCGUAGACAUUCCUUGCAAUGUCCCCUCGUAGACAUUCCUUGCAAUGUCCCCUCGUAGACAUUCCUUGCAAUGUCCCCUCGUAGACAUUCCUUGCAAUGUCCCCUCGUAGACAUUCCUUGCAAUGUCCCCUCGUAGACAUUAUAACGCAGCUCACUUAAGUAGUCCUCGCAAAGCAAGUGCUUUGGGCAGUUGCUGCAACUUGAGUUAAACGACCAGGAAGCAACAGAACUGUUUUUCUGACAGCUAGGGGGUGUAACAAGGUUAGUAUAUAAAAGUGCCCAUUCCAAGUUAAACCUGCAUGUUUUUUAAAAUCUAAAAAAAAAAACACACUCUUCACACACAAAGCUUUUCAGUAAGCCGAAGUGCUUUAGGGAGAUGGAGUGUCCCUUCAAGUUUAGCUACACUGAGUUUAACAUAACUAGUUGGCUGGCAAGAUUAUUUUAUAAAAGUGCCCAUUUCAUUUGCAAUCUGCACUUUUUGUAAAAUGAAGAGAGGAUAAACUCUUCACACACAAAGCACUUGAGCUACAGUGGUGAAGAUGUUUGUACUGUUCUUUUAGGCCUAAUAGUAUAUUGGGCGCCAACAUACCUUUAAAGGAAUACUAUUGGGUCAGGAACACAAACCUGUAUUACUGACAUUGUAGUGUCAAAACCACGAUUUAGGUGUAUCUCUCCCUUAGAAGGGUUUAAAACUUAACUUAUGUUAUGGCCCCACCCCUGAUCAACCUCUUUGGUGACAUCAUCAGAAUGUACGAUCUUUAGCUAAUUCAAUGCUUUCCCUAUGUGAAAGCAUUAGAUUGGCUGGCUGAAAUCCGCAUGGGGAAAGGACAAACACUGGUUUGGCCAUUCAACCCCUCCUCAUAGAGAUGCGUUGAAUCAAUGCAUCUCUAUUAGGGAAAAUUCAGCGUCUCCAUGCAGAUCGCGGAGACGCUGAACGUCUGUGCAGCACUGCCCCAGGAAGCACCUUCAGUGGCCAUAUGAAUAGUGGCCGCAGGAGGUGUCCUUAGGGGGCAAUGUAAACACUGCCUUUUCUAUGAAAACACAGUGUUUGCAUGAAAAUCCCUGCAGUGAAUGAUUAUACCCAUCAGAACAACUACAUGAAAGGACCACUAUAGUGCUAGGAAAACAUACUCGUUUUCCUGGCACUAUAGUGCCCUGAGGGUGCCCCCACCCUCAGGGUCCCCCUCCCGCAGGGCUGGAUGGCAAGGAAACUUACCUUUAUUCCAGCGCCGGGCGUGGAGCUCUUCUCCUCCUCUCCGCCUCCGAUCCUCCUCUUCGGCUGAAUGCGCAUGCGCGGCAGGAGCUGCGCGCGCAUUCAGACAGUCUCAUAGGAAAGCAUUUAUAAUGCUUUCCUAUGGACGCUGGCGUCUUCUCACUGUGAUUUUCACAGUGAGAAGCACGCAAAUGCCUCUAGUGGCUGAAGCUGAAGUGGUCUGGGUGCCUAGAGUGGUCCUUUAAGCUGUAGUUGUUCUUUUGACUAUAGUGUCCCUUUAAUGCAUUUGAUUUUAAUGAAGGUUUUGAGUUCACUAAUGUGCUGUAUUUUAAUAUAGUCAGAUCUUUGUAGUUUGUGCAAAACAAAAUAUUUGCAGAUUGCUGAACCAUGAGGCUGCCACCUUAGCCACACCAUUUCAUUCCUAAAAAAUACAUCCUUAUCAGUGUUGCCAACCAGCUUGCAUUAGAAGACAAUAUCCAGGCAGAUACAGAGUAAGGCUUACGCUAUACAUCUUUUUUUUUUUUUUCCUCCGGCUCUCAUCAGCUUGAAUAUAAAUUAAGUGAAUAAGUUUCAUUAUAUAUUACAAGCAUAUAUUACAAGCAUAUUACAACCAAACAGGUCUGCAUUAGAAGAAGACUCCAUUAUAGGCACACAAUAGUAUGACGUAUAGUAUACUUAUACUCUUUCUUUGACUGUCUGCCACUGUAGGUUGAAUGAAGCAACUUAAUUUUGUAUUACAAAGAGAACAUUGAACAGUGAAAACCAGCUAUAUACGUUGAACUUUAAACUCCUAGUGGUAGUCACUUGAAUGUUACAGAGUGGGUGGGAGGCCUAGGGUAACUGUUGUUUGUCCUGCUCACUAUAGUAAUGUUCUGAUCACAGUUAAACCUGGCAUUGCGUGGAUUAAAUGCAUAUAUAGAAGUUGUUGUUCAAAAAGAGAUUUAGAAGAUCUUUAUUCGUACUUUUGUUAAUGCACUGAUUUAAUCCUGGAAUUCCUUCCUACUUGUGUUCCUUGCAGCUAACCAUAAUUAUUAAUGUACAAUGAAGUUUCUUCAUUUAGGCCUAAACCAAGUUGCAGAUAGAGAAACAUUAAACCGUUGAUACCCUAUGUCUGCCUGCAUGUCCUUUCCUUCAAAUGCAAUCUCCUUGCCUUUAAGCAGAGGUUGAGCUCUGUACGAACAAUAAGUCCACUCUUUUGUUUUUAAUGGACAGUAUGGAUUUUUGUUGGGAGCUUUCCAGUUUCUCUGACAAGCAGGCUAAGUGAGUAAUUGUACAGGUACUUGUAGGCUUUUGAAGAACCUGCUCCAAAUAGCUAAUUUGGCAACUACUUACACUGAUAAGCCAUUAAAACCACUCACAGGUGAAAUGAAUAACAUUGAUUAUAUUGUUACAUUGGCACCUGUAUAGUGGUGGGAUAUAUUGGGGAACACUAUAGUUUCAGGAACACAAACAUCUAUUCCUGACCCUAUAGUGUGAAAAUGUAAUCGCCAUUUAAUUGCUGUGCUUUACCCCCCCCCCUUGCUUGGGAAAUCGGUGCAGGAAUCAGGUAAGUGUUUUUUGUUUGUUUUUUUUUUUGUUUGUUUUUUUUAAAACCUUUAUGAGCUGGAGCGUGAGGGAUGAAGGGGUACCAGAGUUUAUAUUGGUGCCAUAAACAUCCCAUUUCUAAUGUUCUACACAAACUGGUGGGAUCUAGGGGCACUAAACUUAAGUGCAUAAAGUAGCAACUCCUGUUGGUAGAUUAAUACAAAGUACAUCAGUGAAAGUAGAUUUAUUGCUGACUUCACUGAUCAAAAGUCCAGCAGAGUAGUAUCAUCAUCACAUUUAGGUGGCUUCAGCAUUUGUUUCCAGAAUAAAACAGACUAGUAAAGGCACUAAAAAUUCCCUUUUAUUUCCAUUUCCAUCCAACAGGAUAACUGCCAUCAUUGCAUGCUUCAAAGCACUCCAUAACAUAGCAUUCUAAACUACUGCACUUGAUUUUAGUCAGAAUUGAGGCAUGCAUGUGAUGUAAUAUAACCAUGCUUAGUCUUACUGCUUCAUGCAUGCAUCUUCAUGCAUCUCAAAUGUCUGUUUAACAAAUGGAAAAGGUUAAACAACACUGUUUGACUGUUCCUAGCUAGCGCUUUUUUUUAUUAGGACAUGGAAAGAAUAGGUAAACUAGGAAGUAAUAAAAGUGCUUUAAUUAAAAGCUUGUGUACUGUACAUACUUUAUUACAUGUGUUAUUCUCUGCAGUCUGCUUCUUCAGGUUUUACCUUUUGAUCUAAAUAUUAGCCAGGAGCUCUUGGUACACUGCAGUUCAUUUCCACUGAAUGCCAAGUUUGAGGUUUUUGUUUUAAGUUUAAGAAUUAUUUAAAGGAGCAUUACAGGGUCAGGAUCACAAACAUCUAUUCCUGACCCUAAAGUGUUAAAUCCACCAUUUAGAUGACUUGCCCCGUUAAAAGGUAAUAAACUUACCUUCUUUCCAGUGCUGUGUAAGUCUUCAAGCGCUGGCCCAGCCCCAAUCUGACUCCUUGUCUGACCUCGUCAGAAUUGAUGUUCUCAGCCAAUCCAAUGUUUUUCUUUAGAAAAAGCAUUGGAAUGGCUGUGACAGUCAAGGUGGCAAGGCCAAAUGCUGACUGGGCCAAUCAGCAUCUCCUCAUAGAGAUGCAUUGAAUCAGUGCAUCUCUAUGGAGAAAGUCCAGCGUCUAUGCAGUGUGUGGAGACGCUGAACAUCUGUGCUGCGCACUGUCCAUCAACGCCCCUGGUAGCACCUCCAAUGGCCAUUUGAGGAGGGACCACUGGAAGUGUCCUUAGGGAGCAAUGUAAACACUACCUUUUAUCUGAAAUGGCAAUGUUUACUGCAAAAAGGUUGCAGGGAUGGACUAUACUCACCAAAACAACUACAUUAAGCUGUAGUUGGUCUGGUGACUAGAGUGUCCCUUUAUUUAUGAUGGAUGCAGAAUUGACCAAGAACUGCUGUGUGUGGCCAAUCUUAUGGUUAAGAUUUCUCUCUUAACAAAAACUUGUGAAAAACCACCUGGUAUAAACUAAUAUUUUAGUAGGCAGGUUUAUCUAUUUAUACUCCUACAUUCACUAUUAAAUUGCCCUUAUUUCUUGGCUCUCCUUAUCUAGAUGGCCACUGAUUAUUUUUACUUUUGUACUUUGCAUCUAAAAUCCAUGACCAGCGUUAAAGCACAAUGAACCAUUUCCUUCUUCUUGAUGAUGUGCAAGGCAAUUCUUAUUUGCUUGUUGAAAUAUUAUAUCCAUUUGAAGUCUUUGUAUUCUUUUCAUUCCUUGCCCAGCUGGCGGCACCAAACAUUCCACACCAGGAGUGUUCUGCACUAGUCCUCAUCCCCCUGCCCCCCCCCCCACAUUCCAUAAUGGAAUUCUGCUUCAUUCUUUGCAGAAAUGCCUAUAAGUUAAUUUUACAUAGCAAUGUUUCUAGCUUUGUAGGAGUGAUGGAGUUAAUCAUUAUUCUAUCAGUGUUUUUACCAUGAUUACUGUUUCUGUUGGGUUUUCUCUAAUUAUGGGAGAAUUGUUUCGUGCUGUGAGUCCUCAAUAGUGGCAGUACUGCUAAGCAACUGCAGGUUACCAUAUAUUCGAAACCUGACAGGUGCCGUGAGGUGUUUAAAGUCCCUAUUCAUUUAAAGGGUGUGCUACCAUAACUACUCUAGCUUAUUGUAGUUGUUAUUGUGCAAGGAAGCUAUUGGUUUUGUGAUGUUUGCUGAUUAUGAGACUGGCACAAAAAUUAAUUUUGGUCAGUUCAUCUGAAUCAAGUUCCUUUUAAUCCAUACCCGUAGGAAUUGUUUAAUCAGGCAUUUAGCUGUGGAGUUUUAUUCAAUAAGACUCAACAGAUAAUUCUUUGGCGAACUGAUUUGUUCUGGUGUGGAUUAAAAGAAAUCUGAUUUUGAUAAACCAGCUCAAGCACGUUUGUCCACAAAUCUACUCUCUAUUAACUCCAAUGCAAAGACUUUCACUUUACAGGUUUUUAACAAUACCUCAAAUGAAAGCACGCAUCCAUUUAUUGCUGCAUUUUUUUUAUUGUGGGUAUAUCUAAAAACCGCUUGCAAAAGCUGCAGUCUCUUGCCUCUCCCCUUUUCAAGCCCUAUUCUUCCCCAGCCCAGACUUUCUGUGGCUGUCCAAUUACAGACUUCAAAAUGCAGCUCAAUGAGAAGACUUGACAAGGCAGGUGCUCUGAGCAGAUGCAUGCAUCUUGGGUUUAAAUCCACUGAGCUAAACAACCAGGAAGUACAGAACCAGUUAUCUAACCGCAAAGGGUAUAACCAGAUUAACAUAUAUAACCGACCAUUUAUAGUGAAAUCUACACUUUUUGUAAAAUGAAGAGGAUGCACACACCCUUCAUCGAGGCAUCAAAAGGGCCAUGUGUUAUGUGUUGGAAAACCCCCAUGUUAUGUCACUCUGCCUGACAGCUGAAACAGCGGCGAUAGCACAUAAAGACUGUCUGCAUCGUACCCACUGCAAUUAUCUGAAGCGGUUAUGGUGCAUAAAGUACCAUAUAAAUAUUGUUACCAAAUGUUGAAAAAUACACAAGUGAGAAGUUAGUUUAUCAAUGUGACUCAAAUUUUUGAUUUUGUUCUUCUGAAGAUAAAUACAAUUUGUUGAUUAACGUUCAUGUAAUAUAAGUUGUAGUAAAGGUUUGGAUAGUUAAUAUUGGAUUCAUUUUGGCAAUCUGUGCUUUGUGAUCUGUGUGUGUGUUCUAAACAUAAACUCCUGGAGUAUCACAUAGUGGAUGUACGUUUCUUUCUGACAACACUGACAUGUAGAUUGGGACAGAGGUGGAAUCUUAUCAGAAAAUAUUUAAGAGCCUGCUAUCAAAAUAUCACAUGAAAUCAGUGCUUGUUUCCCACUCCGUAUACAGAAUCUUUGUAUUAGAUCACGGAAGUAAGAGAUCACACUUUUCACUCAUAACUAGCUACCCAGUGCUUUCCUAUGGAAAAGGAUUGGCUGAGAUCAUCUAUUUCAAUUAUUCCAGCCAAGGAGAAGGGGCCAGCCACAAAGUCUGGCGGUGAAAGGCAGAAAAGGUAAAUAAAAAACACCAUAAUGAAACACUGCACAUGAUGAAUCCACACAACUUGACCACUUCAAAUCACUGUAGUGGUCUUGGUGCUUGUCAUAACCGUUUUAUCUACCAGGAACCAUUGUUGCUGUUGUACUUUUGCACAUGCACAAGAAUACAAAAAAAUCUGUAUAGAGGAUUUGGGGGAUCGUAGAUAAUCUCAUCCAUGCACAAUAAGUUGUCAUAGGGAUCUAGUGAAAUAAUGCCUGUUGGUGUACACUCAGCCUACCUCUGACUACUAAGUCAACACUUUAAUAGUAGAGUAGCCUAGAAGAGAUGUAAGGAGGCGGCAUGAUGGACAGAACUUUGAUGAUAAUCCUUUCAAAUACAGUUUAACAUUGUAAGGAAAGAGGGCACAGUAAGUAUUCCAGACCCCAUAUCAGCUAUUUUAAGAUGAAGUCAUUAUGGGGCUAGAGUGGCCUUUUUAAAAGGACACUAUAGGCACCCAGACCACUUCAGCUCAUUGAAAUGGUCUUGUGCAGUGUCCCAGUCCCACUUAGUGCUUUUACAUUUUUUGUUUACUAAGGCAGCCUCUAGUUUACCAGACAUCCACUGCAGGUGCUUCUGGGAGUUUACCGGAAUCUGGGUCGCAUAAAUGACGCUGAGAAUCCACACGCUGUGCAUGAGGUGCAUCCUCAUGCUCUGCAUGAGGGCAUCCAGCGUCUGUUAAAUUUCCAUUGGAAAGUGUUUAGUCUAUGCUUACCUAUGGGGAAGACCUAAUGUGCUUGUUGCGCAUGUGCAUUAAGUCCUCCUGUCGGAGGAGGUGGAGCAAUGGCCCACGCCAAGGGCAUCGGCACUGGAAUCGUGUUUUUGUUGUUUUGUUUUUUUUUAAACACCUUUUGUCGACCAGAUGGCACUAUAGUUUUAUUGCACUACAGAUUUGAUAGAUCUAUAGAUACAUUUGUACACUAUAGAAUCCCGUUAAGGUGAAAAGGAAAGAUGCAUUUCUAACUACAGGAUUUAGGUGUUUCUUCUAGUUUGUUUCUUAGAUAUGCUGUAUGACUACUGGAUAUGUUUCCCACAAAGGUUUGUUAUAUUAACACACACUUUGCUUAUCUUCUACAAACCAAUUAACCUGUAACCUUUCACAUGAAAGGAGCAUAUUGAUAAGCUUUAAGUGUUUGUUCAGUUUAUUUGUGAUGACUUCACAUGUGUAAUUCUGUGAUGUGAUGUACUGUAUUACUAUUUAGUAUGCUGUAAGGACUUUGUGUUUAGUAGGACUGUAUGUUCUGUUGCUCCGAUACAAUGAUUUCCAUUAAGGGAGCACCCCAAACGUCAUAACCAGUGCUGCUUGAGAGUUUCAGCUUCAGUCAAUAAGUCAACAGCAGUUUCUGCUUAGAAAUUUCUUGGUAGUGGAGCUGGGGAAUGGUGCAUGUUUUUGAAAUCAAACCAUUCAAAAAUGAUUUGAGUAUAUACAAUGGAGCUUUCCUGCCACUAUACUAACUGAAGCAAGUUGUAGUGAUAAUUAUGAUUGGAAUAUUCCUUUAAGAACAUGGAAGUUCCUGCACUUGUGAGGAUGUUGUGUUUUAAUGAUAAAAUGAAUGAGCAUGGGUUGUACAUUUUCUUUUCCAUAUCUCUGAAUUCAUUAAAUCAUUUCCAGUAUAUUGCACGGUUUAAUCAUACUUUCGCAAAUACAUUUUCUCAUGUGUCUGGUAUAUCUGUACAAUGAUUCUGGAUCUGGGAUUAUUCUAAAUAUUUGAAGAUUGCCUGAUACUGCGUUCUUGAAUUGGUAAAGUUUUAAAACUGUACAUGAUCUCUCCAUUUAUUAUUCUUUGAAUGGGUAAGCGUUCACACACUUGAUACAUGCUUUUGGCACAUGAGUAAUUCCUAAUUAACCGUAUUUAAAAUCACAUUUGCCUGUGCAUAGGUACCUCUACAAACAUCACUUUCAUAGUCCAGUGCUGUCACAACACUGGGCUAUGAUAGUACUCUUGCCCUCCAUAGGAACAAAUGAUCUCUAAAAAUAACCGUUUCAAUUUGCAUCCUCCAUACACACACAGAGACAGGGAUCACACACAUCCUCCAUACACACACACACACAGAGACAGGGAUCACACACAUCCUCCAUACACACACACACACAGAGACAGGGAUCACACACAUCCUCCAUACACACACACACAGAGACAGGGAUCACACACAUCCUCCAUACACACACACACAGAGACAGGGAUCACACACAUCCUCCAUAAACACACACACAGAGACAGGGAUCACACACAUCCCAUACACACACACACAGACAGGAUCACACACAUCCUCCAUACACACACACACAGACAGGAUCACACACACAUCCUCCAUACACACACACAGACAGGGAUCACACACACAUCCUCCAUAUACACACACACACACAGACAGGGAUCACACACAUCCUCCAUAUACACCACACACACACAGACAGGGAUCACCACAUCCCCCAUCCACACACACACACACACACACACACACGGAUCGCAGACAUUCUCCAUACACACACACGGAUCGCAAACAUUCUCCAUACACACACACACACACGGAUCGCAGACAUUCUCCAUACACACACACACACGGAUCGCAGACAUUCUCCAUAUACACACACACACACAUCGCAGACAUUCUCCAUACACACAAACACAGACAGGGAUCGCAGACAUUCUCCAUACACACACACACACACACACACGGAUCGCAGACAUUCUCCAUAUACACACACACACACACACACACACACACACAUCGCAGACAUUCUCCAUACACACAAACACAGAGACAGGGAUCGCAGACAUUCUCCAUACACACACACACACACACACACAAACAGGGAUCGCAAAUUUCUCAGAUUGUGCAGCUCUUGGUGCCCCCGGUAUCCUUUCCUCCAUGCAAACCUUCCUCUCCUUGCAAUCAGAACGGACAGGCGGGGGCCCGGAAAGGAAACUUUUAUGAUUAGUAUUGGCAUUUCAAUUUGCAAUAGCAGAUGAAAUGCUGUUAAUAAUUAUAAAUCAUUCUCUGCGUGUGUCUACUGAACGGUAGUUUUACAGCCUGGUGCACACUCAACACUGGGCUCUGAAAGUGCCAGUAAUAGCAGUAACUCAAACUUAGGGACAGAACAGAUCUAGUGAAAUACUUGCAUCUCUGCCUGGGUGUCCUCUCUUUGCAAUUCAGACUCCUUGUAUCAUAGCAAAAAAUAUCCAUAUUUAAGCAUACAAAAAUAAAAUGUAAAUGAGGCCAAAACUUGAUAAGUGCAGUAAAAUUGUUUUAGUGCCCAAAGUGUCACUGGUGAAACAGCAAUGGCCAACCUUGGCACUGCUUGUAUCGAUGGAAUUUAUUUUCCAUUUGCCCAGACAGCUUAGCCUGCUAUUCUAGCCAUCAGUGACCUAGAAAGUUUAUACAGCAUACGCUGUCCCUCCCGUUUGAUUACACACUAAAGGAAUUCAGAAAUGUUUGGACUUUACUCAGCCUUGUGCUAUUCGUCUUUUAUUGCUAUUCGACUUUUUAUACAUUACCAUUCUAUCUGUUUAGUACGGUUUUUAUUAUCCAGGAUCAAUAUUCUAUCUACUAAUGAUUCUGUGUUUCCAAAAAUUCAAACUGAUUUUAGGUGAGAGUUGGGAAUUGCAGUAGGGAAAAGAAAUGUAAUCCACUGCAUUUUACUUUGAUAACUUAUAUUUUAACCAGCACUCCUUUACUUUUGAAUUAUUUGUACGUGGAUAGAGAUUUAAUAAAACUAGGAUAGUAUAGAUGUGACAAUAAUGCAGGUAUAUAUGCAGCUAUAUGUCUUACGUGCCAGGUUAUUCCAGUACUAAAACUGCAAAAUGUCUUAAACAUGGAAACAUAGAAUAUAACGGCAGAUUGAAAGCCCAUCUACCGUAGACUGCCCAAUUUUCUAAAUACUUUCAUUAGUCCCUGGCCUUAUCUAUAGUUAGGAUAGCCUUAUGCAUAUCCCACACAUGCUUAAACUCCUUUACUGUGUUAACAUCUACUACUUCAGCUGGAAGACUUAAAUGGAUAAUAUAGUGUUAGGAAUACAAAGCUGUAUUCCUUGCACUAAAGUUCAUUCUGCCUCCCUCACUCCCUUCUACUAUAGGCUGUCUUAGCACUGCAAUGUUUUACAUUGCAGGACCAAGGGCAAUAGGGAUACUGUACCCACACCACUUCAAUAUCCCUUUAAAGGACCACUCUAGGCACCCAGACCACUUCAGCUUAAUGAAGUGGUCUGGGUGCCAGGUCCUUUCUAGGGUUAACCCAUUUUUAAAUAAACAUAGCAGUUUCAGAGAAACUGCUAUGUUUAUGAAUGGGUUAAGCCUUCCCCCUAAUCCUCUAGUGGCUGUCUCAUUGACAGCCACUAGAGGCGCUUGCGUGCUUCUCACUGUGAUUUUCAGUGAGAGCACGCAAGCGUCCAUAGGAAAGCAUUGUAAAUGCUUUCCUAUGCGACGGGCUGAAUGCGCGCGCAGCUCUUGCCGCGCGUGCGCAUUCAGCCCAGGAGGAGGAUCGGAGGCAGAUAGCUCUCCGCCCAGCGCUGGAAAAAGGUAAGUUUUAACCCUUUUCCCCUUUCCAGAGCCGGGCGGGAGGGGGACCCUGAGGGUGGGGGCACCCUCAGGGCACUAUAGUGCCAGGAAAACGAGUAUGUUUUCCUGGCACUAUAGUGGUCCUUUAACUCAAGAAAGUUCCUAAAAGAACAGAGACAUCCUCAACAUACCCCCUGUUUGGUAUUGCUCAGUUAUUACAAUGUUACUAGCCAGUAUGACCUUGGGUCAUCCUCUUUGAAUCUAAAUGUUAUACAGUAGUUGGGAGUGGAAACAAGAAGGUGCAGGGGAAUUAGCGGUUGGACUGGAUAACUGCUCGAUUUAAUUUAGUGAACUUGCUGUGAUGCCAGGAAGUGGCCAAAGUUGUUGUACUUCAGCUGUGUUUCUCAUGUUAAAACAGCAUUCAAAGGAGGAGUUGUAGUAAAAACCAAAAUGAGGCAGUAAUCAAAUCCCAAUAGAAUUUAUUUAUAAAUGUAUAUCUAAUUUAAAAAAAGAUCUAAAAUCUACUAUUAUUCCAGUGUGGGAAAGAUACUGAACUGUUCCUAAUUCUGCUCCAGUGAACUCUUCAAUCCUAUUGACUUUUGGCCAAUCUGGUGGUUUGUAGAAAAGCAUUGAGGGCACUGUGCAUGUGCAACAAUAGCUACUAUGUACCAAUAUAGUGAUGUUCAGCAUCAUCAUACUUGGCGUGAUUAAGCUAAAUGUGAAGUCUUUUUUUAAAAAUGGAAGGUUCUAAAGAGGAAGUGUAUCUAGUGGCUGUCUAUAUGAGAUAGAAACAUUUUCAGAAACUGUAAUAUUUUACAUUGUCUGAGAAAAGCAUCUGUGCACCAUAACCACUACUGCUCACAUGAGUCACACACGAUUUCCUAGUGGCAAUUAAUUUCCUUUUUGCUUUAUGCGGGAAACAUUUAAAUGAAUGGGAACUAUGUGUGAAAGAUAAUGGCAAAUGUAUAAAGCUAAUGUUCCCCCAUUUAUUUUAUAUGUACAAUCACUUGUAUUAGGUGCGGACUCUUUAUUCCUUGCAGCAAAACUUUACUAAAGGAAUCAUACUUUUGCCUGUCGCAACAAAGCAGAAGUUAAAUUUUAAAUUAAGACUAUGCAAUAAAGGAAGUUUAAACAUUAGAUUUCUCUUUACAGAAAAUGUGUAGGGAGAAAGUGAUUUAACUCCUAAAUGGCAGAUAAUUGAGCAGUGAGCCUGCAUGGGCAUGAUCUGUACACCAACACCACUCCAUUAAAGGAACACUAUAGUGUCAGGAACACAAACCUGUAUUCUUCACGACACUGUAGUGGUAAAAUAACAAAUUGGAUCCCUAGCCCCCCCAUCUCUUAGUACUGAAAAGGUGCUUUUACUCACUUUUUUUUUUCCCCCCACACCGUGCCAGCCUCGCCACUGCUGGCCCUGGCUCCCUUUGUGGCCAACGUCCGUAAACUUGAUUACCUCUGCCAAUUUAAUGAUUUCAGAUAGGAAAGCAUUGGGAGACUAUUGCGCAUGCACGGCAAAAUGCCACGCUGCGUGAGUCGGCAUCUCAACAUAGACUCCAGAUAUUCCAGGCAACAUGCCCACUUCAGUGAGAUGAAGUGGUUACCAAGCCUAGUAUCCCUUUUUAAUCUUUUUUUUUUUUUCUUGUGUACUUAUAUAAAGUGAGAAGUGAGUUGCCAUAAUAACUUGGAUUGUGCAUUAUCAUAUAAAUAUCAACUCUCUUAUGUGUCUGAAUUUUUCUUUUUCUCUUAAUAGGUGAUCCUCUUACUCCUUGCAAUGAGACAAAGUGGAGCCAAAAAUGGCAGUCUUCCCGUCCGCUCAGGAGGACAAGCCUGUCUUUAGGCUCAGGAUUUUGGCAUGCAACAGGGAGACAUUCCAGCCGACGACUCCUAAGAGCAAUCCCACGUCAGGUGGCUCAAACUCUCCAAGCUGAUGUGUUGUGGCAGUUGGGAUACACAGGUAUUUCAUCCUGCUGCAUGCAGUUUUACCAAUCUACAAUUAUAGGAGUAGUUAUCCUUUUUCUUUUCUUUUUUUAUUUUUAAAGGCAGGCUGUGCCUAACUAACAACAAACAUUAAAAAACAGUAGGCCUAUCUGUUCCUACAACUUGUAUUUUUUCAUUUUAUUUUCAUUGAAGAGAAAAUAGCUGUUCCCUUUUUCUUAUAAAGAAAGUUAAAAUAUCAUAUUUUAAAUGAGCACUCCACACUUAAAACUACUUUAUCCCUAUAAAAUUGUUUUGUUUCCUGGAUAUCCUGGGCAGUGUCUUACCUUAAGAUAAGACAUUCUGUUAAUUACAAUGGAUGGCUGAUGGCAGCCCUAGAGUGUCAGUAGAUGGUUUCAGCCUGUCUCCAACGCCCACUUCUUUCCUUCCUGCUCUCAGACGGCAGCCGAGCAGAGGAGGCAGAAGACAGUGUGGAAGGGCACCAGGGGACCAACUUAGGCGUUAAACUGUUUUAAAAACUAGACAGUGUCUAGGGAUUCCAGUCUCUAAAACAAAUUCAUUGGGAUCAAGUUUUAUUGGAGGUAAAGUGUUCCUUUAAAGGACCACUAUAGUGCCAGGAAAACAGACUUGUUUUCCUGGCACUAUAGUGCCCUGAGGGCACUCCCGCCCGGCUCUGGGGAGAGGAAAGGGUUAAAACUUACCUUUUUUUCAGCGCCGGGUGGGGAGCUCUCCUCUCCGCCUCCUCUCCUCCCCUUCGGCUGAAUGCGCACGCGCGGCAAGAGCUGCGCGCGCAUUCAGACGGUGUCAUAGGAAAGCAUUUACAAUGCUUUCCUAUGGACGCUUGCGUCUUCUCACUGUGAUUUUCACAGUGAGAAGCACGCAAACGCCUCUAGCGGCUGUCAAUGAGACAGCCACCAUAGGAUUUGGAGGCUGGAUUAACCCUAUUAUACUGCUAUAAACUGCUAUGUUUAUUAAAAAAAAGGGUUAAUCCUAGAGGGACCUGGCACCCAGACCACUUCAUUAAGUUGAAGUGGUCUGGGUGCCUAGAGUGGUCCUUUAAGCUCUGAUGUGCAUGACUGUUAAGCUAUGAAUAUAAUGGUCCCCUCUGCUUCUUUUGGUUUUUUUUUUUUUCCUCCCCGCCACACAAAUCCAAUAAACUAGUAAUUUGCCCAUUAACGAAUAAAUAGUCAAACCUAAUUUGCGGUCAGAUUAACCUUUUCAGAGGGUUUGGGUUGGCUGUGGUCACAUGCUGGUAAAGUGCCCUUUUUUGGUACAUACACUGUGGGGUAGGUAUUUGGAGUAAGCAACUCUAGAGCCACCCAUUUCUAACCUCACAGAAAACCAUUAAAUAAAAGCCAGUAUUUUUUAAUUUAGUAUCUGCACUACCUUUUUAUGUCCAGGGUUACCUGGUUUUCCUCUAACAGAAAGCCAGCAGAAGUGUUCCCGGAAUCUGAAAUAUUACUAGGCAUGCAAAACCCACUGUAGUUAUUUUACCACUGUGUUAAGUAGGUUCAAAGUCUAUUAAAUGCCUCCCACACACUUUUCAUUUUCCUACUUUGUACUUUAACUUUCAUGAAUAUUUGUGUUCUCUUUACACAGGUAGCAAUGUAAAAGUUGCUGUUUUUGACACUGGAUUAAGCGAAAAACAUCCACACUUCAAAAAUGUCAAAGAACGGACCAACUGGACAAACGAGAAGACCUUGGAUGAUGGUAAGCACGAUUGUAGAAGUGGUGGACUGCCAAAAGAAAUGUAUAUUUCUCUUGACAAGACUUCUUAAUGUAAGCAAAUUGUUCGUUGUUGGAAACUUUGUUAUUCUAAUUAUCCUCUAGUAUGAAAGUGAAGAGGAAGAAAUAUGUACCUUUAAUGUGUUGUAAGUCUAUGUAUUUGCGGUGGCUAAGGUCUGCAGGGAAAGGUGAGUAAUACUUAUCAGAACCUGUCCCUCAUAGCCGCCGCUAUUUUAUUCCUGGCAUCAGCUGCGAGGAGUUCACACAAUAUUCUUGCACAUGCGCAAGAGUGCAGCACUGCUGUCUGUGGAGGAUCCCAUGGGAUCUGAGCCUUCCCUCCCUUCCAGCUGUCUCUGGUAACGGGCUGAGGGCUUGACAAGGCUUUACAAAAGAUAGCUCAGGGUUAUGUCACGCUUUUUCAAACACAUGAAAAAAUACUAAUGCAAAGUAGUCCCUACUUUGUCUUAGUAUAUCUUUUGACUGCUUUAGUGAAACUCCAGCAAAUGUGAGUAUUUAAUUAAGAUUUGUUUUUAUAAAAUACAAAUUUUGGGUCGGGGGUUGACAGUUGUUUUAAUAUGUCAUCUUGGAAUCCAGUCCCACAGUUCCUUGCUUUUUAACUCACUUUGUGAGUUGUGAGGCAGUCCUGUCUCCUUUGCUCUUGACCUCCAUUUUUGUAGUCUGUGUCUCUUUAUGGACUGCCCUGCACUAAAGACGAAUUGUUGAAUAAAAUAAUACUUUACAAUAUAUUUAGCAGUUUGACUCACAUAAUGCAUUGGUAACAUGACCCAAAACAUUUUAUCCAGGCAAUGUUUAAGCCACAUUUGCUAUAAAUAACAUCUAUUUAGAAUAACACUUCUGGCACAAGCACAACUUGCGUAUACUUGGCUCAUGUUUAUUCUUAAAAUCUUUUUAGUUUAGCUUUCUACAAUGUUACUCUGCCCCCUCUUUUCACAAUGUAAAUUCCUCAUAAGAUAUAUUUGAUAUAUCGACAUUCAGUGUUUGUUCAUCUGAAAUUUCUAUCCCUCUGACAAAUGAAUGGAUGAAAUUCCCGUCUGAAUUUUAGACAAUAGCGAAUGCACCAGUGUGGGCAGAUGACGUGUCCCACAGGGCCUUCAUCUGCCCACACAAAGAUGGCAGCGCCCAGGACCUAGGCCUGGUCACAAAAUAAAGAUUACCAAAUAGUUAAUAUGGGGGGUUUAGGGGCAUUUGGGGUGACUAGAGGGGCAAUUGGAUGUGGUGGAGUCGAUAGGGGGGUUUAAAAACAAAAACAAAAAAAAAACUGAUGCGGCUAUGACAGUGCCGCUUAAACCCUGAAAAACUAAUUAUUGCUGUUUUUAUUAAACUUUUGGUCGCCUAACACCUGCACCCAAAAUCCCACAGUCAAGCAUUGUAUAUUGCUUUCCUAUGGGGAAAGUAUUAAUGCGAACGGAGGGAGUGGGGGGCUUGACAGAGGCACUCUAGGGAGCAACUUUGUUUUUCUGGCAUUAUAGUUUCCCUUUAAGAUGAGCACAACCACCAUCUCCCAUGCACCCACCCCUCCCAUAUGGAGGUGACCACAGGUCAAAUAUGUAUUUGUUAUAGAGCAGAUUUAAUUUUAUGCAUUGUUAAUAGUGAUGUCCCGAACGGUUCGCUGCGGACGGCGAACAUAUGCGGUAAACUUUGACCCUGUACCUCACAGUCAGUAGACACAUUCCAGCCAAUCAGCAGCAGACCCUCCCUCCCAGACUCUCCCACCUCCUGGACAGCUCACUAAGAAUGCAGCUUCACAAUGAAUGUAAAAUGGAUGCUGUCCAGGAGGUGGGAGGGUCUGGGAGGGAGGGUCUGCUGCUGAUUGGCUGGAAUGUGUCUGCUGACUGUGAGGUACAGGGUCAAAGUUUACCGCAUAUGUUCACCGUCCGCGGCGAACCGUUCAGGACAUCACUAAUUGUUAAUAUAUAUAGUAAAGCACUGUCCCUUUAAUUAUCUAGUUAUGCCACUUUAUUUUUUUUUAUUUAUUUUUUUAUUUUGUAUGAUAUAUAUUUACAAUACUUAAUGGAUUAAUUUAGCACAGACAGUAUCUAAGUAGUUGUUUGUCUCCCAUGUUAAAAUUAGUGUAGAAUCCACCGAUAUUUAGGUACUGUGACAUGGUGGUGGGCCAUAUACUGGUUAUUUCGUAGGAUAUGGGUGAUUUAAAGCUUUGUAAAAUUCAAGUCUGUAUCUUUGUGUGCUGUUCCUUUAAUCUGUAUUUUAUAUAAAAUUUACAUCAGCACCUCUGCCGAGAAAUGCAAAUUCUGUGUGUCCCCAAUUCCCUCGGUUUUCAAACACCAUCUGUCCCAAGAUGUUUUUCUAUGGCUGAAGAAUCCUGUUACAUACUAAGUUAGGGUUGAGUUUUUCAAAUUUAUAAACCUAGAUUUGUAAAAAUAGAUUUACUUUGAAAACUUGAUUAAAUGAUUAUUAUAUUAAAAUAUAGCUUCCAGGUAUCCUUUACAUUUUUCAGUAAAGUCACACCUCUUGCGCCUAUUAACUUUUUUUAUAAACUCCUUUACAAAGUGCUAUUUGCUAAGCUUGAUCCUUUAGUUAACCUGUCAUUUCCCAAGGUGUUGUGCAAAUAUCGUAUAAACCUUACUCUGUUAUAGCUCUGCUACUCCUAUGCCUUAUUUAUUCUCAAAAAUGGGCAUAGUUUCUCUGAGAUAAUUUAGGUAUACAGUUUCCUAGACAUUUUUUUUAUUCCUGCAUUAUCUAUGUGCUCAAUAAAACAAAGCUACCCUUUUAGUUUGGCUACGAUGGCCUAAAUUCGGUAAUUCAAUAUGAAUUCCUGGCGAUUCACACUUUAGAGAAUAACACUGUACUGUCUCUUUAACACAAUAAAAUUACUGGAGACAGAUUACAGUGGACAUUUUUAUCUUCAGUGAAAAGGCUGAUGCACUGUAUACAUUUAAUAAAAGUAGACAAACACUCUCCGCCUCCCAGUCCUGUUCACAGUGAGACACAAGUAAUAUCCUGUGCUCUACCCUGACUAUAUUAGAUUGUGUUGUUGGCCUGGAUGCCUGGAUGCUCGUACUGUACUUAUUUAGGGAACACAUUAUGUUUCUGUGACCCGUGAAAAUUGUCUUCUCUGCAGUUUUUCUAUUAAUGUUUCCAUUUUGUCUAGGCCUGGGCCAUGGAACCUUUGUGGCAGGUGUCAUUGCUAGCAUGAGAGAGUGCCAAGGAUUUGCUCCAGACUCCGAGCUGCACAUCUACAGGGUUUUCACAAAUAAUCAGGUAUUUCCAUUCAUACACGUGCGCACAUUCAGGUUCUGUGUUUUUGCUGUGUACUUCGCAUUCUGCUGCCCAUUACAUGGACAUUGCACGUAGUACUUCCCAUAUCUAGAUCUGUGCUUCCUUACUCUUCCCAGUCUUGAGAUAAUAAACAUUAACUUCUUGAACUUGCAGUUUCCAAAGCUGACCUAUGACAGGAAAUGGUAACACCCUACAUUGUGCCUUCCUGAAAGAAGUACUUGGUGUUCAGGCUGUUGGCUAUUCAAGAAAAAAAUAAAUCUGUAAUAAACACAUUUUUAAUUGUAACUUUUUACUCUUCCCUCGCCCCCCAUUAUUGUUUACGCCUGAUUUAAUCGAUGGAAUUCUUUUUCUUAAAUACUUGGAUAUAUAAACGUGGUUCUGUCACCUUCUGGCAUCUUUGCGUAUUUUUCAAAGUCCCCUGCUGCUUAGAGUGUGGUAGCUGUGGAGUGCAGGACAGUUAAGUUUACUUACUUGAACCUGUUCUUUGCAGCCACUGCCAUAGUCUGUCCGCUGCUACUCUUCAGAUUUUGGUACUGAAGAGUGCGCAUGAGUACAACAGUGAUGUCUAUGGGCCUUUUCCUGCUCAGCCAUCUCUAUUGAUGGCUGAGAGAUUGACAAAGCUUUACAGUGUUAGCUCUACCUAUUUUUAAACCAAAGGAAAAAUACAUAAGGCAAAGUAGCUCCUAGCAUUAUUUGCAUUAUUUGAUAUAUUUCAAAGAAGGAGGAAUGCAGUACCCAGCUGGCCCCAGAUAAGAUGUCAGAUUGUUCUAAAAUGGGGAGACAGUACUUAAAAUAGGGGAGAUGGUAUGAGGGCGUUCCUGGCACCAUACCCACUACAACACAAUGUAGUGGUUAUGGUGAUUUUAGUGGUCCUUUAACCCCUUAAAGGACCACUCUAGGCAGCCAGACCACUUCAGCUUAAUGAAGUGGUCUGGGUGCCAGGUCCUUCUAGGGUUAACCCAUUUUUUCAUAAUUAUAGCAGUUUCAGAGAAACUGCUAUAAUUAUGAAUGGGUUAAGCCUUCCCCCUAAUCCUCUAGUGGCUGUCUCAUUGACAGCCACUAGAGGCGCUUGCGUGCUUCUCACUGUAAUUUUCACAGUGAGAGCACGCCAGCGUCCAUAGGAAAGCAUUGUAAAUGCUUUCCUAUGAGACCGGCUGAAUGCGCGCGCAGCUCUUGCCGCGCGUGCGCAUUCAGCCGGCGGGGCUUAACGGAGGCGGAGAGGAGGAGGAGAGCUCUCCGCCCAGCGCUGGAAAAAGGUAAGUUUUUACCCCUUUCCCCCUUCCAGAGCCGGGCGGGAGGGGGUCCCUGAGGGUGGGGGCACCCUCAGGGCACUAUAGUGCCAGGAAAACGACACAUGACGUGUGACAUGUCAUGAUUCCCUUUUAUUCCAGAAGUUUGGUCCUUAAGGGGUUAAUUGACUGGGCAUAGACUUAAAAGUCUAUCACACAAGGGUUGAUACAUCAGGACUAAAGAGUUUAACCACAUAAAAGCUAUUGCUAAAUUUACUUUAAAAUCAACUAAAUAAUUGAUAUUUCCAUCAUUUGUCUAGGCUGGCUGAUCUCAGAACUUGAACAGAUUUGAAACAUUUAUUACAUGUGUUUACCAUUUCAGUAACUAAUUUGUGAUCUUUUUAUUUUUCCACUUGUGGUUGAUUUGAGAACAUCUGGCAGUGGUCACGUAAAUUUGCUGGGAGGUCAAAAGCUGCACCAUGCAACUUCUCAUUUUGGGUGGUAUCCAUCCGAUAUGCAGAUGGUCCUGGUUCUUUUUGUAAUGGCACAAGAUGAGAUAAAACUAGCUUGAGAUCUGAGCAGGGACCCACCGAAGCUGUCCUGUUGUCCGUUCUCAGUACUCUCUCUUGUAUUCUGUUUUUUUUUUUUUUCUGUAAGUUUUAAAGGGUAAUGCAGACAUGGACUCCUUGCUCACGGUGCCUUAAGAGGUAUCGACUAUACCUCACUGACGAUACCCAACAAGGCUGAAAUGAUCUGGGGUUGCUGUAUCUCUCGUACAGAGAGAGUUGCCCUGCAUUUCAGAUUUGGACUGCCCUUUUGUGUGUUAUCCAUCUGACAUGCAAAUUGUCCUGGUUCUUUUUGUAAUGAGCUUGGGAUCUGAGCGGGAUACCACCGGACUCUUUAAAGCUGUUGUCUAUUUUACUCUUUUGCACCUUGUUUUUUUUUUGGUUGGUUUUUUUUUCAUUAUAAUGUAUUUAGCCAUUUUAUUUACUGAAACGCUUACUGAAUUCUUCUUAGUAGAAGACAGGUAAGGGUUAGUAGGUUAACGGCCAAGGGUUGACAAAUAGAAAUUUGGUGUCUCAGUUGUAGUCAGGUGCCAGCAGUAACCUCUUUAGUAGUCAUGGCUUCCUGUCUGCUGGAAAUUGUCAGGCCAUGUAAUACAAAAUAGCAGAGCUACUGGCGGAUGUACGAACACUAUAUCAGGUGAUCUAGUUUCCUUGCAUUAUCAGAAAAACAUAUGUUAAUGAACCAAUUAUAUUUUAAUAGAAUUAUAGUGUGAAUGCUGUUUACCUGUAGUCGCAUGUUUCUACUCUCACUUUCAGUGCUUGCCAAACAGGUAUGUCUUGAGAUUAAGUUCAACUACAACGUCUAUAAGUCAGACAUAGAAUUGCCAAAGGCUGACUGAAGUCCCUAAGAUUUGUGGUUUAGCAAAGGUUUGCUCAUUGGUUAACCCAUCUCUUUUUAAAAGGAAUCCUGGGGAUUCUUUAUGUUUAGUAUUUUAAUGUUUCUGUUAAGUCUUGUGUGUUAUUUCUACUUUUGGAAUUGUAAUUAUGGCAGAGAAAGUGACGCUUCCCGUAUUCCACGUGUUUCGCAGCUGUUAUUUCCUACACUUUGCCAGAAAUAUUUAUAUUAUGGAAUCCACUCUGUAAAGGAUUCAGGCCUCUUAUUAAAUACACAUUGCAUAUUUUCAUAUGUCUCGCACGCUUUCACCUCAAGUGCAAAUCCACUUUUCUUUUACUCUCUGCCAAGCUCCAUGUCAGUGCGUUUGGUAGUACAUUUUUAAUAAUUAAAGGCAGUCUAAGAAAUAGGAGAAGCAAUAUAAAGAAUUACAUUCAAUCUCUGAUACUCUUCAUUUGGAAUGAAAUACUAAAUACUCUUCUAUAGGUAUGCAAGUCUUUCUCCUUUCAAGUUAAACAAGACCCCUCCAUUGUAUCUUAAUCCGUUAACAUAUGCUAAUACUAAUCAGUAAUUGUAACAAUCUCCUCCAAAUAAUAAUAAUUUGCUAUCUUUAUUGAGCCUUUCUCCCUGUGAGACUCAAAGCAGUUUACAAAUAUACAAAUAUGAAGACAUAAAAGUUAGGAGUUUCUGAUGGACAAAUGAGCAGACUGAAUGCCUGAUGGAAGAGGUGGGUCUUUAGCUUUUUUACAUUUUUUAAAAUUCUGUAUGGACGGUGCCUCUGAGCACAGUAAAGAGUUCCAGAAGGUAGGGGCAACGUGGCUGAGUUUGUCUUUAUUCUUGGCACUGACAGGAGGGAUUUGCUGACUGACCGAAGUGAACGAGAUGGACUAUAGGGUGUCUCUUUCAGGUACUGUGGGACUUGCUUGUUUAAGUCUUUGAAGGUCAGCAGGCCGAUUUUAAAAUGUUUGUCAUUUAAUUGGAAGCCAAUGCAGGGAGUGGAGAACAGGUGUUAUGUGGCAGGAGUGGGUUUGAUUGGUCAGUAGUCUGACUGCUGCAUUUUGUAUUUUGUACUGUCUAAAGGUAAUAUAGUUCUUUUUCUGAGAGGCCCAAGUAAAGUACAUUGCGGUAAUCUAGCCGAGAGGACACACAUGCAUGGAUUAAUGUUGGCAUAUCAUCUGGUGGAUUUAAGUGUUGUAUCCUGCCUAUAUUUUUCAAAUGAAAGUAAGCAGAUUUUAUUACGGAGUAAAUUUGCUGUUUAAAUGCUGGUCCAGAGUCAAUCAGCACUCCGAUGUUUUGUACCUCUGAUGAACUAAUGAUUUGAGAGCCUCCAAUCUCUAGGCCAGUUGGGUGAUCAUGGGAUAUUUUUGUUGCCUGGGGUCCCCUCACCAAGAGUAACUGUUUUGUUCGGGUCCACUUUUAGCCAACUAGCAUUCAUCCAUUCUAUGAGGUCUGCUAAGCAACUGUUAAUGCGGCAUGUUGGGUCUGUAGUAUCUGGAGCAAAGGAGAAGUAGAGUUUUGUUUCAUCAGCGUAACAAUGAUACCUUAGGCCAGUGCCUGAUUAUGUCCUCCAGUGGUAGCAAGCAAAUUGCGAAGAGCAUGGGCGAGAAGAUGGAAUCUUGUGGAACUCCGCAGGCCAAUUCUGUUGGUGCCGAUGUAUUUGAUCCGGAUGUUUCUCUCUGUGAUCUACAACAAGGUAGACCAGUGAGGACUGUGCCUCCUAGACCACAGAUGUGCUGCAAGCGCUCUAUUAAAAUCCUAUGGUCCAUGGUGUCAAAUGUUUGUUUUGCAAUUGUUUUUGAAUGUAUAACUACUUCUUUAUUUUUUUAAUUUGGAAAGACUGGGGCACCUAUCUAGAAACAAGUGUCUCACUCUAUGUGCCCUACCUCCCCCAUAGUUUCUCCCUCUGUUCUUUCCCAUAGAGUUGUCUGCUGGCAAUGUGUAAUGGAUUUCUACCACACUCUUGCUUCCCUUUCUUCCGGGAGGUGUGCUAUAUUUCCUUGUGGUCCUUAGGUCUGUAUCUCACUGCUUUAAGCUCCAAUGUGGUUGAAUGGGUAAGGCAGUGGCUGAGUGACAGGCAACAGAGGGUUGUAGUCAAUGGAGUAUAUUUGAAGCUUAGGCUUGUCACCAGUGGGGUACCUCAGGGAUUUAAUAUUUUUAUUAGUGAUAUUGCAGAAGGUCUUGAUGGUAAGGUAUGUCUUUUUGCUGAUAAUACUAAGAUAUGGAACAGGGUUGAUGUUCCAGGAGGGAUAAGCCAAUGGCAAAUGAUUUAGGUAAACUAGAAAAAUGGUCAGAGUUGUGGCAACUGACAUUUAAUGUGGAUAAAUGCAAGAUAAUGCAUCUUGGACGUAAAAACCCAAGGGCAGAGUACAGAAUAUUUGAUAGAGUCCUAACCUCAACAUCUGAGGAAAGGGAUUUAGGGUUGAUUAUUUCUGAUUACUUAAAGGUAGGCAGACAAUGUAAUAGAGCAGCAGGAAAUGCUAGCAGAAUGCUAUUGUAUAGGGAGAGGUAUUAGCAGUAGAAAGAGGGAAGUGCUCAUGCCAUUGUACAGAACACUGGUGAGACCUCACUUGGAGUAUUGUACGCAGUACUGGAGACCGUAUCUUCAGAAGGAUAUUGAUACCUUAGAGAGAGUUCAGAGAAGGGCUACUAAACUGGUUCAUGGAUUGCGGGAUAAAACUUACCAGGAAAGGUUAAAGGAUCUUAACAUGUAUAGCUUGGAGGAAAGACAAGACAGGGGGGGGAUAUGAUAGAAACAUUUAAAUACAUAAAGGGAAUCAACACAGUAAAGGAGGAGACCACAUUUAAAAGAAAAAUAACUACCACAACAAGAGGACAUAGUCUUACAUUAGAGGGGCAAAGGUUUAAAAAUAUCAGGAAGAAUUACUUUACUGAGAGGUUAGUGGAUGCAUGGAAUAGCCUUCCAGCUGAAGUGGUAGAGGUUAACACAGUAAAGGAGUUUAAGCAUGCGUGGGAUAGGCAUAAGGCUAUCCUAACUAUAAGAUAAUGUAUUUAGAAAAUUGGGCAGACUAGAUGGGCUGAAUGGUUCUUAUCUGCCUUCACAUUCUGUUUCUAUGCUCAUUGUUGAGUCAUUAGUGAGUGUAGGGAUAGUGAGGGAGCAUUUAUAGUGAACUUCACCUUCCUGGAGGCAGACCACAUUCUUCUACUGUAACUUUAUCUUUUAUUACAAGCAUCAUGUGUUGUCAUAAGUGAUACAUAGUCCAUGUCAUUGUUUAUUCUUGAAACUCCUUUACCCUGGCUACUGGAGAUAAUCUGUCCGUCUCACAAACACUACCACAAAGUCUAUUUGAUGCUUUACUAAUGCUAAACAUUGUAUUUUAAUUUCUCUGUAACAUAUUCUUAUCUUAUCCUUUAACACUGGCAUACAUUAACUCACCCCUUCUUGUUUACUUCAACUUUAAGAUGAGAUGAUUAGCAAUAAAUCCCACAAGACCAUUUUAUACCUUUGGCACAACAUUCUUGCCUAUGGGGUAAUUCACUAAUUAUUAAUAUGUGGGCUGCAAUUAAGGCUUGGUUCAAAAUGUACUCUUUGUUAAGUAUAUUCAUGUUAUGAUAUAAUAGAUUAUUAUUAUUUAAAUGCUAGCUCCAGCAGACAGGAAAGCAAAUAACAUAUCCUGGUCUGGACCCAGUGUUGUCACACCCUGUACUCCAGGACUUUGCGUUAAUUUGGCUUCUAGCCCGUCCCUGAACUAGUGUGUUCAUUGACCGGAUACCCAUUUAUUGCUGGCUGGUUCUGCCAUGUCCUGUCAACUGAAUGUUUGCAGAGGAAAAAAAACAAAACUAUUUUUGAAGGUUUAUUUUGUCUGUAUACCUUUCCUCUGAUUUGGUUAUUUUCUUAUUAAAUGUAACUUGUUCAAUCUCUUACUAGGUUUCCUACACAUCCUGGUUUUUAGAUGCUUUUAAUUAUGCCAUCCUAAAGAAGAUUGAUGUGUUAAACCUGAGCAUCGGGGGGCCGGACUUUAUGGAUCAUCCUUUUGUUGAUAAGGUAGAUGUAUGUUGGAGAUGCUUUCUCUGCUGUUAAAUCUAAAAAUAAUGACACGUGGCUUUGUACCCAUUUCUUGUACAUUGUUUGCCUUUUUUUGACUGAAUGGUAAUUGUCUGGUUUGCCGUCAUAGACUAACCCAUGCAAAUUCUUUGGUACUCUGCAGGUGUGGGAGCUGACGGCUAACAAUGUGAUUAUGGUUUCUGCCAUAGGGAACGAUGGACCACUUUAUGGGUAAUAACAUCAUGUUCAAGAGCUGUCUCCAUUGUUUAGUUUUAUGGUAUUUCAAUAACUUAGAUGUGGAAAAAAAAGUACUUUUACACAUUCAAAAGAGUGCAACGGUGUGUAGGCGCUACCACAUAAAAAUACACACAGGUGUAGUGUAAGUGUAUCAGACAGCACUUAAAAGGUAAAUAAUACAAUAGAUAAAGAUACUACACCAAAACGCAAAAUAAUAGAUGUUUUCAGACUGAAACAAUCUAAAAGACAAUACAUUCAAUACACUGCUUAAUUAUACCUUUUUAAUUUCCUAUAAUAAAUAAAUUUGUUAUAUUUUAAUCCAACUUUGUGCUGCUCUCCUUCAAGGAUGUUAGCCUGUUUAGGCACCCUCAAGCCUACCAAAUAGAGCCUAGGACGGCUCUACAUCCUGUGAGUUUUAUCCUAUAUAGGGGCUUAUUUUUAUAUGCUUACCGUCUGCACUAUGUAUUGUAUGUUUGUCUUUUAGAUUGUUCCAGUCUGAGAAUAUCUAUAUUAUUUUGCUGUUUGGUGUAGUAUCUUUAUCUAUUAUACUUUUACACAUUCGACUAUCCCUUUUCAAGAGCAUAUCUGUUGCCCACAUACAUAUAAACUAUAUCUUUGCCAAUGUCUUUAUGCUUCCAGAGCAUCGUAAUGGCUUCCAUAAUUAACCAGAUCUUAUUGAGAAAAAACAAACAUAAUCUUCACUUGGAUGUGUUAUGAAGAUUUGCUUCAAAUCUAACUUGAAGCACACUCUGUGGAUAUUUGUUGGAGCUCCUCAAAUGUCUGAAUUUUAAAAUUGUGUCUUCAUUUUUCAUUUAAGACUGCAUUUCCGCUUCAAUCCCCUGUUCAUUGUAACUGUGUGUAUGUGUAUGUGUGUAUAUGUAUGUAUGUAUGUAUAUAUAUAUAUAUAUAUAAUAUAUAUAUAUAUAUAUAUAUAUAUAUAUAUAUAUAUAUAUAUAUAUAUAUAUAGUUAUAAAUCUAUAUGUCUGUAUUAAAGCCGUAAGUUGCCCCACCUAAGGGGAAACUCCACUGCCUAAAUUAAAAGAUCACUCUUUAGUAGAUAUACUCCAUUAAAUCAUGCAUGCUUUUAAUUAAGCAUUUUUGUUAUUCGGGGGUAUAUCUAAAACAGCUUAAAAAGUCACAUAUCUCCUAUCUGAGGCUUUUGUAAGACCUCCCUUUCUAAACUAGCUCAGACAUUCUGUAGCAGUCCAAUCCCUUCUCAGUGCAGCUCAAUGAGAAAUCUUUGCAAGGCGGGUGCUCUGGGCAGUUGCCUGUCUCCUGAGUUUCGCCCCAUUGAGCUAAUCAACCAGGAAGCAACAUGACUGGUUGACAGCCAGAAGAGUGUAACAAGGUCAAUUUAUAAAGUAAGAAUUUCUGUUAAAAUCUGCGCUUUUUGUAAAAUAUAGAAAGUGGACCUGAAGCACUUCAGGAAGCUAAAGUGUUCUAGGUGUCUACAGUAUCCCGUUAAGGGAUCAUCCAAGUUAUACCUCUUAAAGCGACACUAUAGGCACUAAAACCUCUCUAGCUUAAUGAAGCAUUUUUAGUGUCCAGGUCAUGCCUCUGAAGUCUCACUGGUCAAUUAUGUGGCAUUUAAUUCUGUUUAUGCAUUCCUUGCUGCACCUCCUCUGGACUGGACCCCUCUGCACUGUAAAUUGAAUUUUAUUCCCCUACAGGAGACUCCUGCAAGGUCUAGCAAGCUAUUAACAGAAGAGGAGAUAAGAAAUUCUAAAUUAAACAAACUGUGCAAUAAAUGAACUAUAGACAUUAGAUAGGAAAACUGUGCAAGUUACAUGCAGGGAGGUGUGACUAUGUCUGUAUAAGUAAAAUGGCAGGGGUAUGAUCUAUACAACCAAAACUGCUUCAUUAAGCUAAAGUUGUCUGGAUGACUAUAGUAUAUUGUAGUAGUUAAAUGCAACGGGUGCAUUAGUGAUUAUACAGUGUAGUGGUUAUCUUGUCACAGCGUCUUUAAUCUCAUACUGAUCAUGAAAGAUGUGGGUUUUUGUUGUUUUUUUUUUUUUUAAAUUGUCGGUUACUGAAACAAAACAUUUUCAGAGUUUGGUAGCAAAAAAAGCUACCCUAGACACCCAAACAAUUUUUUUUUUUUUUUUUUGUCUAUAAUUUGUGUUCUUGGCAUUGAACAAACAAGAGUGUUUAUAUGUGUGUAACAGUCUUUGUGAGCCCCUUCCCGCCCCUAUACGCUUAUGUAUUUUGUGUAUUUUCAGGACCCUCAAUAAUCCUGCUGACCAGAUGGAUGUCAUCGGCGUUGGUGGCAUUGACUUUGAGGAUAACAUAGCUCGAUUCUCCUCACGAGGGAUGACAACUUGGGUAAGUAUUGUGUAAAGGAUGAAAAUAACAUUAUCGUACUAAUUAAAAUGAUAUGAUAUUAACUAAAUAGAAAAAAAAAUGUAAUCUAUCACAAUCCCUAUUGAUAAAGUCUGAGUUAUUAAAGCGGCACUGUCAUGCCGAACUUAACUUUCCUCAAUCUCUUCCUCUUCUCCUCCUCUCUCAGGAUCUGGUCUUCUUUUCUUCCUGUCUUCUUUAGUUUUCUUUAAAAUCAUAAGACAAAGUAGAGACUCUUUGCCUUAUGGAGGAUUCCUCCGCUUGACCAGCGGAGGAGCAAAGUGUGCUUAAUUUCCGCUGGUCAGAGCAAUUUUCCCAUAAUUCUUACCUUUCCUCUGUGUUCCCGCAAUGCUUCCUGUCAUUUUAGCCGAAACUGACAAAUUGCGUUCUAACUGCAUGAGAACAGUAUGUUCGUUUGUUUUAGAACGCAAUUCGGCACUUUAUUCGGAUUGCAAUUUCAUUCGAAUGAAUUAAACUCCGAUCCUAUUCUUGCUGUGGCUGCAUCUUGCAGCCGCUUAGUAGAUAACUCCCUAAUUCCCACGGUAUCAGGGAGUUAUCUACUAAAAGGCUGAAAGACCUAAAUUGGGCGGCGGGUGGGGGGCCAUAAUGAUAAUGGGGUGGGACCUACUGUCCCACGCUGUGUAAAAUGACACAGAGCAUUGUGAUUGGAUGGCUUGAAAUCCAUCCAAUCACAGUGCUCUUUGUCAUCUUACACAGCGUGGGAAAAUUGACACAGAGAUGGAUGGAUUUCAAACCAUCCAAUCACAGUGCUCUGUGUCAUUUUACACAGCGUGGGAAAGUUCUUUGGUGCCUGUCCCUCCCCCCCCCCAAUAUAAUUUGGCCCCCACCCGGUGACGAUAGUAGGUCUCCCCCAUAUUAUCAUCAUUGCUCCCACCUGCCGCCCAGGAGUGGGGCCCGGGGAGAGGAAGUAGGUCCCGUCCCCCCCCCCAUUGUAAUUUAUGGAUAGUAGGUUUUUUUUGUUUUUUAUUUUUUAGUGGACAUGCCCCUACUCGCGGUAUAGCGAGUAGGGGCAUUGAGGAGAUUUUAAUCUCCCUUAUAUUAUUAUAGGGGUCAUAUUGACCCCCAUAGAGUGAGGGGGGGGACUGGGGGACUUAUGAAGUGGCGGGGAGCACUGCUCCCUGACGCUUCUAUCUUUACAUAUUACAAGGAGGGAGCUGCGUGCCGGUAGCUCCCUCCUUGUAAUAAACUGAACAAACUAACACUGAUACACAGUGUUAGUUUGUUCGUCUGAUUUUUCUAUUCAUUCAUUUGUCUGAUGAAUGAAUAGAUGAAAUUCCCGUUCGCAUGUGCGGGAAUCUCAGUGCUAUCUAGUGUGGGCACAUGACGUGUCCCACAGGGACUUCAUCUACCCACACAAAGAUGGCGGGGCCCUAAUUUAUUAGUGCUGUCACAGCAAUUAUGAAAAGUAGGUUUCUAUCCGACUUAUGCUGUAGUUAAUUUGGAAGAUUGGGGCAUUGCCCUUUCUACAAACCUAUAAAUGAAAAGUCCACUUCUAAGAACUGAUUUGAAAGGAACACAUUCAGGGUUUUGGUAAUCUCAGUGAGUUAUGAGAAAAAUAUUAUUAUUGGCUGUUCUUUAAUGCAUAUACACUGCAAAAUUACACUAACACAGCAAAUACCCCAAUGGAACUUUCCUGUAAAUAUGACCCCCUGUAUCCAUCUGGGAUUGUCUAAUAACCCCCAACUCAUGAGGAGAGGUAGGAUAUUAUACCAGAUGGGAGCUGCAAAGUGCAUUCACCACUUCCUCUCCAUUAUCCUCUAGAUCUUUGUUAUUGUGGUUAAAAAGUAUUAUUUAGGACCAGAGAGUUGCCAAGCCCCCAGCACAAAUCCAUGCCCUUACUGGUCCUAAAUGUCAUCCCCUUUAGCCACUCUCCAUUCAAAUAAAAGCCAAAUGAGUGCAAUUGCCUUGUAUACCUCCAUCAGAGAUAUAAAUACAUGAGCAUUUUUGUUUCCCUGUUCUUCCUGUCUCUGUUAUAGGGCAAACAUACUAUUUAGCAUAGGUUCUUGGAAAGCUGGCAGUGAUAUAUUCUUUCAAGAUAAAUUAUACCUCUAACUUUUCACAGGAGCUGCCUGGUGGGUAUGGGAGAAUGAAACCUGACAUUGUCACCUAUGGUUCUGGAGUAAGAGGAUCUGGCAUGAAAGGGGGAUGUCGCUCCUUGUCUGGUACCAGCGUGGCUUCUCCUGUAGUAGCUGGAGCUGUGACUUUGCUUGUUAGGUAAGAAUACCUGUAAUGUUUUUAAAAUACUUUUGGAAAUAUAGAAACAAUAUUAUGGAACUAGAAAAAGUGUAGAGGGAUAUUAAAAAUGUAAAAAGGGGAAUGGAAGAUUUUAGUUAUGAAGAAAGACUAGAAAACUUGAAGUUGUUUCACUUUAGAAUUUAAAAAAAAAAAAAAAUGUUUUAAAAGGGAAUAGGAUAACCGUAUAAAAAUACAUGUAGACCUAGUACAAAACAGACCUGUAGCAACUUGUUGAAUAAUAGGACAAGAGGUCGUAUAUUUAGACUUGCAGAAAGGUUUUUUGGGGGAGGGGGAUUUAGAUCACAAACAAUAAAUAUUUAUUCUUUGCCUAACUAGGAUGUUUUUCUCAGAUCAUGUACAAAGUUUUAAUGUCUCAAUGCUUUUUUGGAAUAUUUGGAUUCAAAUAUAUAGUUAUAUGUGGGGUAUGGAUUAAACUGCUAAUUACUCUAUAGAGAAAUCUGUCAUUUUGGAUUUAUUUUCCGGUUUGGUGGCAAAAUAGAAAAUUGCUUUAAAAAAAAUAGUACAGAGGGAAGUUGCUGGCAUUUUUGAAUCUGGACAGUCCAUAUGGGCAGAAUCAGUCCACUAUGCAAGUGGUAUAGGUUCUGUCUGUAAUGGCACAAGUGAGAAAAAAACAUUUUUUGAGAUUGGGGCAUGGACUAAAGGGUUAGUCUUUGUCUAUUCUCAGAGAUCUCAUAUUCUCUGUGUUUGCUUCUUUAGGAUUAACAAUAGAAACACAUGUGAAAGAUGAACUUGAUGGACUUGUCUCUCUUUCAGCGUUUACUGUAUAUAACAACUUUAAUUUCCUUUUUUGAGACUGUAAGAAUAGUACACCAAUAGAGCAAUACAUGUGGUCAAAAACCUGUUUCUGCACAAGGCAAUAACCGCAAUCACAAAACCUAAACUAAUGGAAUACUAUAUGCACCUAAAUUCUAAUUCCAUAUGUCCAUGCCUCCCCAUUUUAACCCUGCAGCGUUGCAGAGUUUACCUGCUACUUGUUAUAAUGACUGAUGGUCUCACAAGGUUUCCCUACGGGGAAGCAUUGAAUUGCCUGAGGUCAUUGAUUUCUUGAGGAAAGAGGUUGGACUGCAUGCCAAAGACCAGCACUGCAAGAGAGAAAAGGCUAGGAAAAUCAUCUUUUUAACCUUGGCAACGGUGGCACGGUCAGCUAAACUAGAGGGCACUCUAGGUGUUUUUAUGUCAUUGUAGUUCUUUUUAAAAGUUUCAAUAAUUAAAAAAAAAAAAAAAUUUUAUUCUUCCCCUCAAGCACGGUUCAGAAGAGAGAAAUGGUGAAUCCAGCCAGUAUGAAGCAAGCUCUCAUUGCCUCUGCUCGCAGACUUCCUGGAGUUAACAUGUUUGAGCAAGGGCAUGGCAAGUUGGACCUUUUGCGAGCCUACCAGAUUCUCAAUAGCUAUAAACCACAAGCCAGGUAAAUCUUAGGCUUAGUUAUUUUGGGGGGUGUUUAUUAUUCAUAUUCAGUUUUCAGUUUAUUUUUAAUUUAUUUAAUAAUGACUUAUUUUGCUGCAUAUGCCAAUUCUUUCUGCCCCACCCAUCCUGCAACUUUUUCCUUUUUUUUCUUCAAAGAUACUGCUGUACAUGAUAACAUGAAAUAUUUAGGGUGUUUUAGUUCAGCAGAAAGCUGAGAAUUGAGUUACAGCUGGCAAUCUCUUGCUGUGCCCAUAAAACACUUCUUAUUGGAUAAGCUCUGCAGUUAUAAUGAAAAUUAAGUGUGAUGAGACACUUCCUGGUUUAGUGAGAGCUGUUUGCAGAAGUUGCAUAGCCUGUAAAAAUUUCAGCCACACAAAGACUUCAAUUCUGGCAUCUAUUUUUAGUUUGGUUUCUAAUUAGUCUUACUAAAAGUGUCCACUUAACCUUUCUCUUCUACUGCCCAUUGUACUGUCAUAUUUGUUUAACCCCUUAAGGACAUGUGACAUGUCAUGAUUCCCUUUUAUUCCAGAAGUUUUGACCAAACAGAAUGCUUUGCUGAUGAAUUAUUUGAUGUACUGAGGUAUCUGUGCCAUAAUUAGUCUAAUGCCUACCUGCUCAUGUUGUUUGUUUUUACAGUUUGAGCCCUAGUUACGUGGACCUGACAGAAUGCCCAUAUAUGUGGCCCUACUGCUCUCAACCAAUAUACUAUGGAGGAAUGCCCACUAUUGUAAACAUCACCAUUCUUAAUGGCAUGGGAGUGACUGGGAGAAUUGUAGACAAGGUAAGGCCUCAAGUUGGGGUGAUAAACCCAUCAAGAUACUAUUCAUAUGUAUAUAUUGAAAUAACAUGAGAUAAACAUAGAAAUGUUAUGUACAGUCUCACUUCUUUUUUUAUAAUACAUUGUUAGUGUUCUGCUUUAUAACAUAACACAAUUUGAAGCAUAUACACUAUGUAAGUGUGGCAUGUCCAUGGUAUUUUUUACAGCGUGUGAGUUAUAUAUGAUUUUUAUAUAAUUAUAUACUCGCUUAUUUAUUUUUAAACCGUAAGAGGUUAGAUAUUUUUGAUGCUACAGUGCUCCUUUUCGGUUUUACCAGGAAUACCCUUGCUCCAUCCAUCGAUAAGUAGUCCAGCAUUUUUAGCACAGGUCUUGCUGGAGGCGCACAUGGCCUCAACCCCUGUUUCUGAUCUGGUUAGCUCCACAGAGCUAAAUAGGACCACACAGAACAGGGCUCAUUGGCUAAGACUGUCAGCUAAGUGCUCUUAAUCAAUGAAUGCAGUACUGUAUCAACAAGUCUUUGCUCUGCAGUAAUAUCCAACUUUUUCUGCAGAAAAAAAAAAAACAGAUGUGGAGUGGGUGCUUAGGGGACCCAGCUAAGUUGUCAAAUCAUACUUAAACUGCUUGACUACUUAUGCUAGGACAAAGCAAUGGAACUCUAGGCACUAUAACAAGUAAGGAGGGCUAAAGUGGUUAAGGUACUUGUGGUGUUUCUUUAACGCAGCUCUGUCACUUUGUCUUCUGUAUCUUUCUUGCGCUUGACAAAAAGUCAGCUACCGCUUGUCAUGCUUUGUGAAGCCUUCGCCAUCACUAGUUACUGCUGAGGGGGAAAAGGCUCUGUCUAUGGAGGGUCUCGCAGGAUCCUCCAUAGACAUCAUUGUUGUACUGUUGCACAUGCACAAGAGUGCAGAACAGACAUCGGCUCCUUAUAAAUGAAGUGCCAGUAACUGACGAGGACGAACAGGAAGAUGAUGGCGGCGGCCGCGAGGUGUGAGUUCAGGUAAGUAAAAUACACCUUUGUUUGCUCCAUGGCUACCACACUGGAAGUGGCAAAGUUACCAUAUGGAAAAUAUGCGAAGACUCCAGAAGGUGGCAGAGCUGCUCUAACUUUAGUCAAAAUAUUAAACACACAAGACACUACACGUCUGAAAAGCAAAGACUUUUACUACUUAAAACUUUUGACUUUAUGUGACGCGAUUGCUUUAGAAUUUCUAUCAGAUAAGUGCCGUUUAUAUUAUUUAAUAUGGUCUUGGAAUGAAGAAUGCAUUCUAGAUUUAAAUCAAUGUUACAAAUGUUGCAAGAUAUGUGAGAUAAUAUAAUUGUUAGUUUUAUUUUUCUUUUGCAUUUUGAAUCUUGUCCGACUCGAAUAUUCCUUAAUUACUGAUUGUAAUCACAUUCUUCUUUUUAAGCCUGACUGGCAGCCGUACCUGCCACACAACGGUGAUAAUAUCGAAGUGGCUUUCUCGUACUCUUCUGUGCUGUGGCCCUGGUCCGGUUAUCUUGCAAUUUCAAUCUCUGUAGCAAAAAAGGCAGCCUCGUGGGAAGGCAUUGCUCAAGGCCAUGUAAUGAUCACAAUUGCUUCUCCGGAUGAAAGUGAGGUCUGUAUUUUAAAUCUAAAUGAUCAUUCAUAGGGUUUAAUGGAGGCCAAUUAAAAGUAGUCUUUUAUUUCAUGUGUGGUUUUUUUUGUUUUUGUUUUUUUUUGUCUCACAUCUUAGGAUAGAUACAUGGAUUGUUCUUAUUGACAGAAAGUUAACCAUUUUUAUUAUUUAGUAAAUAAACUGUCACUGUUAUUCACUAAACUCAGAAUUUUAAUAAAUUAAGUACACUUGGCAAAAUUAGGGCUCUCACCCUGUUUGAACGCUUACCUGGUGUCUGCUGUGCACAGGUCGCUGCCUCCAUUUCUCCAUUGAGAGCUGGAAGUCUGCAUGGAGAUUCCAUAGGAUCUUUUGAAGCCCUUCUGAUAUAAUUUGCUAAAAGUCUCAGUUUAGUAGUGGAUAGCAAAAUUCAACUAUGCUUUUGCUAGUGCACAGACAAAGAAAACACACCAGAUGCAGGUGAGGAGUAUAUUGAUUAUGCUAGGUAUAUCUUGCAGUGUUUUAAAGUAAAGCAGUCACUUGAAUAUCUUGUGUUGUAGCAUGUUGAUUAAAUGGAUCAGGAGCCCUUCUGAUAGUGUUGGAUUGAUUGAGACUGAGCCUUUCAAUGUUCAGAGUUUAUGAAUUUUGUUAAUACUACUAAAAUAACAACCUAACCAUGAUUAGCUCCCAAUUCUAUUACAUAGCACGUUCUGGUCAUCCAGAUGUGUACUUAAGCAGCAAGAUAAGGCAGUGUUUACAAUGCCCUCAGCUUGCAGGGACAGACUACAUGCCCCAGAACCGCUACAUUAAGUUGUAGUGGUCCGGAUGCCUAUAGUGUUCAUUUAUUGUAUUGCUUUUACAACAUAAUGCUGUGAAGUCUAUCCUUCCAGUGCAAAAUUGUAGGAAUAGGAUUCUAUGGUUACGUGACAUUUGCAUCAUACAGUAUCAGCUGUGGAGUUCAGGGAUUCAGACAGGGAAUAAGAGGCAAAAUGGAACUUCACUACAGUGUUCUGUCUUUGCAGUGCAUGCAGAGUUGUUAUUAUGAUGGUUGUUCAGACCAAAUAGCCAGCGUAUUGCCAAGCAUUACAUUUUAAUUAGUGUUAUCUGAUGCUGAAAAAAUGUUUAAAGUGAAUAUUAUAUUUAGGCCAUCGCAAAGUAAUAACAAAUAUAGGUUAUCUCAUUGAUUUACAGCAGGGGUGCCCAAAAGGUAGAUCCCCAUAUGUUUUAAAACUACAGCUUCCAUAAUGGUUUGUCAUUCUAAAGGUGUGCAUCAUGGGAGUUGUAGUUUUACAACCUCUGUGGAUCUUCCUUUUGGAUAACUCUGGGUUACAGUGAGAUUUUGCUUCCAUGGUAUUCUUUGCCCCUUAUUAAUGUUCCCUGAAAUAAACAGCAUUUCUGAUGAAAUGUGAGCUAACCAGGGGCAAAAAUAACUAGAAUAAAAUGGAGCGUUAUCCAUGUUGUUGGAGGUAUUUUUACAUUGACCUCUUUCUCUGUAAUUAAGCUUAUAUAAUAAGGUGUCACUGUCAGCAAAGUGUGGGUGUGAUCUUGGUACACAUAAACCACACGCACCCAUCUCUGCAUAAUCUGAUGUGCUUUGAAGUAUUAGUCCAUGCCAGGUAUGUCAGGGAAAGUCUUAAUAAGUAGUCCUUGUCUUAAAUUUCAUCAUCUAUUCUUGUUUCUAAUAACACUGUCAUAAUGUCUUAUCUGGGUCCAAUGAAGGUGAGCUCAACCUUUCUCUACUUGCAGUUAAAGAAUGGAGCAGAACAAUUCUCCACUGUAAAGCUGCCAAUUAAAGUAAAGAUCAUUCCUACACCACCACGCAGCAAAAGGGUCCUGUGGGAUCAGUACCACAAUUUAAGGUACCCACCAGGCUACUUCCCACGAGACAAUCUUAGGAUGAAGAAUGACCCACUGGACUGGUGAGCGAGCAUUCAUCCUUUGUUUUUGUUUUUUUGAGAGCCUUAUUGUGUGUGGGGACAGCUCUUUAACCCCUUAAGGACACAGCUUCAGAAGCUUGUCUUACACACAAGCCAUUUUUGCUUUUUUUGCUGUUUGUGUUCAUACGCAAUAUGCAUCUCUAUCAUUUAUUGCACAAACACAUAUUAUAUAUCGUUUUUUAGAGGGCAAACAGGGCUUUAAUUUGAUGUCACAUAUACAUAGAUACAUUCUCAUUAAUUAUAAAAAAAAUGCCAAAAACGAAAAAAAAAAUUUCCCACAGUUUUGGCAAUAUUAGCAUGUGCAUAAUAUGUCCACCUUAGAAAAAGUAAUUCAAAAUAAAUUCAUUUAUGUGUCUUGAUUUAUAGAGUACAUCAUAUGUAUAGGAUUUCAGCUUAUUUUGAAAGUUACAGGUCACAAAAUACAAGGACUAAAAUAAAAUUGCAAUUUGCAACAAUUUUAGUAGUUGGUAUGUUUGUCUUGUAGGUUUAGUAGCCAUUACAGAAAAAGAAUUUGCCACACAAAACUAUAUAUUUAUAUAAAGUAGUCAUCACAGGCUAUUUACCUAAGGUUAGUUUGACACUUUUUACAUAGUUAUUUCAUCGCUGAUCUCUGCUAAAUAUUGGAGUAAAAUAGUGUUGUUUCUUUCUGUGUUUUGGAAUAUACAUAUAUAACAAGGUUUUUGUAAUGUGUAUUUCGUAAAGCUGGUGUGUGAUAUUCCUGCACAGAACCCCAUAUUGUGUUCAGCUACAUCUGCGGAGUAUAACGUUACCCCCAUUGUAUGCCUUUGACACUUUUCUGUAAAGCUACAGUGCCAUAUAAGAGACAAGGCUGUUUCAGCUUCUAUAGUUAGAAUUUUCGUUGAUGGAUUUGUCGAGCCUAUGUCUCAUUUUAGGGUAUUAUAGCAGUGUGACUGUUCAAAUAACCCCACAAAGGGCUUUCAUUUGAUAAAGCAGAAGCCCCAGGGUAUCUUAUAUAGUGUAUAUUGUGCCUUAACUUGUCACCGUUUUUUCACCAAUUUAUGUCAAUGUUUGUGAUGAGGGGGGGGGAAGAAAUGGCAUUUUUACAUUUAUGUUGCCUUUUGUAUUUCUUACACUUUAUAUGUACCACUGUCAUAAAAAUCCCCAAAUUAUGCUCAGUUGCAUCUUCUGAGUAAAACAAUAUGCCCAAUGUAUGACCUAGACACUAUUUUGUGAAGUUAUAGUGCUGUAAAAGAGACGUGACAAGUUCAGGUUUUUAAGUGUGAAUUUUCAUGGAGGGUUUAGAUGCGACUGUGUCCCACUUUGGAGCACUUGAUCAGGCUACAUGUUCCAGCUACACAUAAAGACAUACAAUUUCUUAAAGAAGACAUCCCAGGGUAUUUCAAAAGGCAUAUUUUGAACCUUAGCGUGUGAUCAUUUUUCCGCUAGCUUGUACCAAGUGUGGUAAUAGGGUUUUUUCUGCCUUUGUGAUACACAAACUGAGUUUGCACAGUAUAUUUUGCAAACCUUAUGCGUGCUACGACUGUAUACUACAUCAUAUGUUGGUCAGCUAUGUCGUCUGAGUACAGCAAUACCCCCGUAUGUACCUUUGCCAGGUAUAUGUGGAUGUUGAAGGGGCACAUUUGAGACGCAUCAUUUCAGUUUUUUUUCUAACGUUGAAGUUUUACGCUGUGUCCAGCUUCCAUUUUGGAUUAGUUUAGCUGGUUGGUUAUUCAAACUUCCCCACAAACACAUACUAUUUAUAAAAAUAUACACGCUUGGAUAAUUCAAAAGGCAUAUUUUGAACCUUAGCAUGGGAUAAUUUUUUCUCUGGUUUGUUCCAGGUGUAGUGGUAAUGAGCAUUUUUAAAUGUGUUUUUUUUUAAUACUUUUUAAAACUUUUUUUUUUACUUUUUAAAAAAUUUAAACUUUCCCCCUUUUUUUUUUUUUUUAAACAGAUUUAACAUUUUUAUAAACUUUUUUUUUUUUUUAACGUUAACCCCUAACUAGCAGUAAGCAGCAUUAACCGUAAAUUCCCUAAUUUCCCAUAACUCCCACCCACCCUAGCUAGCAAAAUAUAUAAUUUAAAAAUAUUUAAAUUAAUUAAAUAAAUUGAACCCCUGAGGGUUAAAAAAAAAAAAAAAAAAUUGGAUCACAGUAUAAUACUAUACUAUAUACACUAAAUACUAUAAUUUAUUUUGAUCACAGGUAGUGAUCAACUGGCAGGGAAGGGAUUUUUUUUUUAUUUAUUUUUUUUAACUUAAAGCAUUUUUAAAAAGUUUAAAAACUUUUUUUUUUUUACGUUAACCCCUAGCUAGCCUUACACUAAAUUCUCCACUAACUUCCACCCACCCCAGCUAGCUAAAGAUAUCAUUUUAAUAUAUUUAAUUAUUAAAAUUAACCCCUAAAGGUUACAAAAAAUAAAAGUUGACCCUCAGGGGAUUAAAAAAAAAUCACAGUAAAAUGUAGUCCCUGCCAGCUGAUCACUGUAGUCUGUGAUCAAUUGGUAGGGAAGGGUUUAAUUUUUUAUUUAAAAUGUGUAAGGGGGGGACGGGUGGUAUUUUAAACUAUCUUUAUUUUUUUUACACAGGGAGAAGAUCACUUCUGAUCCGUCUCCCUGCAUUUCACACUGGACGCGGAAGAGCAGGGAGGUGGAUCAGAAGUCCCUGCCGCACAUGUGCUCGCUCUGACAGCCUGUCAGAGCGAUCACUGCUGCAGAUACAGCGCGAUCGGGUGCUUCCGGCUGCUUUGAAUACAGAGGCAGACCGGAGGAGCGUGAUCACGGCAAUCUGGAGUAAACUUUAACGCAUGAUGGACCCGGUCCGUCAUCCAGCAUUAACUGCUUCCCCGGCAUGACGGACCGGGUCCGUCAUUCGUCACUAAGGGUUAAUGACAUUUUAAGAACUUUUUUUGUUGUUAAAGUAAAUAUAAACUCAAUGUGUUCACACUGCUUUCAGACACUAUAACAAUAUUCAUAUUCUGACCUCUGCAUUGGAGUGGGCAUGUACAGAAAGUUCACUGCAAUUGUUAUCUUUGAUGCUUUAAUGACACAAAUUGAUUAUAUAUAAUGAAUAAAUUAAUCUGCACCAAAAUACUGCAUGAACUCUCUCUUUUAAAGGCAUCAUAACAUUUCUGUUCCUUUCAAGGAACACUAUAGUGUUAGGAAUAGAUGUUUGCAUAUCUAACACUACAGUGUUAUACUACCUAUUUAGACUAUUGGGGCUCCAUAUGUUAUAGGGGAGAGCAGAUUUACUUUAAUUUCCAUGGUGGUCUGGUCUCCCUGUUGUCUCCAGUUCUGAUGUCAGCCAGUCCAAUGCUUUCCCAGAGGGAAGUACUGGAAGGCUAGCUAGUGUGCAUGCACGACAUGUGCCAAGCUGCAAUCAGUCAUCUAGAGGUGUACUUAAGCAGCGAUAUAAACACUUCCUUUUCUCAGAAAAGGCAGUGUUUACAAUGCACUCAGCUUGCAGGGACAGACUACAUGCCUCAGAACCACUACAUUACGUUGUAGUGGUUCUGAUACCUGUAGUGUUAAUUUUAUUGCUUUUCUAACAUAAUGCUUUGAAGUCUAAAUGUAUGUCAUUGGCCCUGACCAAUCCAUAUCCUGUCUUGUCUUCCUGUCUUGUCUGUCUUCCCUGUUUUAUUUAGAAGCCUGCAUAUAUGUUUGCCUUCUCAUAACAGACAUGAUGUUUAUAAUGAAUUGUCUACUUUUCAGGAAUGGAGACCAUGUUCACACCAACUUUAGAGAUAUGUACCAGCACUUAAGAAGUAUGGGCUAUUUUGUAGAAGUGUUGGGAUCUCCAUUCACUUGUUUUGAUGCCAGUCAAUAUGGUAAGAUCAAGUAUUUGUUACUCAUAAGCUUGUUGUAAAACAAUUCUUAACAUUUCUUACUGUGUUCCCUACUACCAGAUUUCAGUAACUGCAGCUUGUUCUCCACAUAAAGUCAUUCCUUGCCAAGAGUAACUAGUGGGCUAUAUACCCCUCGCAGCUAACUCCUUAUCAGUAAAUGCAGUCCUUUUGAUAGACUUAUAAACAUACUAUCCUUAGUGUUACUCUAAACAACACAACCACUGACAAGUGGUUAUGGUGGAAAUUCCACCUGCACACACAACUGUGGUCUGAGUUUGCUCUCCACCCAGGACAGAGAAGUGAGCUGUGUAUAAACGGAUAUUGGCAGCAUUAUAACAGCAAUCCAUUCUUAGAGGUGUUAGUCAUCCUAACAAUAAGUGACCCCUUCCUGCAAGUUAAAGGACCACUAUAGUGCCAGGAAAACAUACUCGUUUUCCUGGCACUAUAGUGCCAUUGAGCUGAAGUGGUCUGGGUGCCUAUAGUGGUCCUUUAAACUACGUAUCCCAUAACCUAGGGUUUACAAAAUGAGGGUUGCUUCUUAAGGGAGGGUACAUGAUGGGAUACAGUACAUGUGGGUGUUUUUUUUCCGUUUUUGCAUUCUCUAUUAUGAUCCUGUAACCACACAGGGUACUUUGUCCUUGCAAAUAACAUAGUCCUCCAGGGUAUUGAAUAGGCACAGUUUUGUUAAAAAUAGAUCAUUUAUUGUACAAUCUAAUUAAAGAGGCAGCAUUAGAAAUAAUCACCAAAUUCCUACAAACAAAAUCUUAGCCCAUCUGAGCUCCAGUGGCGUCUCUAGGAUUCAUUUUAGGGAGGCACAUGGUAGGCCAGGGACAAAUGUAGGGGGGCAGUUAUAAAACAUGUAUGUAUGCAGUGGCGUACACAUGACCCAUGGGGCCCCGGUGCAAAAAUUGAUCCGUGGGCCUCCCCCCUCCCCGCGCGCUUACUCAGUGCGGGUCUGGGUCGCAACACAUGGUGGCGGGCACCUGGUCGCAGGGGUUGCAGGGCUGCGACCCCGCGACCGCGGUAUGCACUCACACUUAAAGGACCACUACAGACACCCAGAUCACAUCAGCUCAAUGAAGUGGUCUGGGUGCCAGGUCCCUCUAGUUUUAACCCUGCGGCUGAAAACAUAGCAGUUUCAGAGAAACGGCUAUGUUUCACUGAGGGUUAAUCCAGCCUCUGGUGGCUGUCUCAUUGACAGCUGCUAGAGGAGCUUCCGUGAUUCUCACUGUGAAAAUCACAGUGAGAAGACACUGAACGUCCAUAGGAAAGCAUUGAGUAAUGUGUAAGGGGGGGACGGGUGGUAUUUUAAACUAUCUUUAUUUUUUUUUACACAGGGAGAAGAUCACUUCUGAUCAGUCUCCCUGCAUUUUCUUUCCUAUGGGCGGUUUAAAUGUGCGCGCGCCUCUUGACGCGCAUGUGCAUUUCGGUGCUGAGUGGCAGACACUGGGGAGUCCGACGCUGGAGAAAGGUAAAUGCUGAAGACACACACACACACACUCUCACGAACAGACACAUACACACUAGCUAACAGACACACAUUUACUGACAGAGACACACUCAGCGACAGACAUACAUACACUUUCACUGACAAACACACACUCACUAACAGACAUCAAACACACUCAGUAACACAUACACAGUAACACUCACUAGCAGACACACACCCAAUAACACACAUUCACUGACACACUAACACACACUCUAACACACACACAUUUUUUUAUUUUUUUAUUUAAUCCCCCCAGCCUCCUUACCUUUUGGAGUGCUGGGGGGAUUCCCUGGGGUCCAGUGGUGCUGCUGGGUGGGUGGCCGGGCAGGCGGGUGCGCGAGGGAGCACUCAGUGCUUCCUCUUCAGCUCCCUCGCGCGCCGCGUAGGGAUGCCGGAGCCGGAAGAUGACGUCAUCUUCCGGCUCCGGUAUCAGUGCGGUGCGCGAGGGAGCUGAAGAGGAAGCACUGAGUGCUCCCUCGCGCGCCCGCCUGCCCGACCGGCCACCUGCCCGCUGGGGUCAGCAGGGCCAGCCUCGGGGGCCCCUGGGGUGGUCGGCUCCUGGGCCCCCCAGGGGAAGAGGCUGGCCCUGGGCGUACAUACCGGGUCGCAGGGGUGGCCGGGCCCCCUGGUGGGCCGGGCCCGGUCGCAGCCGCGACCCCUGCGACCCUGGUAUGUACGCCACUGUAUGUAUGUUUGUGUGUAUAUAUACACACGCGCCCUUAAUCCCUCUGCAAACUGCAGUCUUAGCCAUGUAGGUAAUGUGUCACACCUUAGAUGUAGCCGCACUGUCCGUUCAGCUCGCAUCUACCGCAUGGAUUGAGGAAUCCAUGUCUUUCUUGCCCCCUUCUCCCCUGCGAUCCAUGUCUCUGUUCUUCUCCCUUUCAUUUAUUUUCUCCCCCCUUCUUCCAUGUCGUGAAGGUCAUUUGUAUUGUAUGCAGUGUGUGUAUUGAAUACAUUGUGUGUGUGUGUGUGUGUGUGUAGUGCAAGCAGUGUCUGUGCUUGUGUGUUGGAUAAGUGCUGGGGAGGUGAGCUGUUUAAAUUAAAAUGGGCUUAACCCCCCUCCCUGCCUCUUACCUGUGGCCUGGAAGGGGAGGGACAGUGUGUAGGAAGGUGACAGUAGACAGACUCACUGAUGUGACACAUUAACAGACAGACACAUGCAAAUUCACUGACAGACACACAAACACACACACACACAUUCUCUCAUACACAUUCAUAAAUUCCCAAUAUUAUUAUUUUAAUUUGUCCACCCAGUCUCCCUACCUUUGAGAGUGCUGGAGUGGAUCUGUACCUUGGGUCCAGUGGGGCAGCUGUGAGCCCAUCAGAGGCGGUGAGGGAACUGUAAUCCUCCUGCUCUGCUCCCUCGCGGGAUGUCUACCAAUGCAGGGAGCCACAAUAUGACUUCAUAUUCCAGCUUCCGGCAUCAGUAAAUGGCAUGCAAGGGAGCAGAGCAAGAGGAUUACAGCUCCCUUGCUGCCUCCGGUGUGCUCACAGCUGCCUGCAUUGGUGGUCCAUAAACUGCUUCCUCCAAAACAGGAGGAAUCACUGGGGACGUCCAUGCGGGCGCCAAGGAUAGAUAGGGCCAGGGCCGGCCAAAAAUCACACACACAGGCUGUGUGAUGCAUACACAGUUAUAGUGACAGAGGUACAAAGACACAGAGGCAGACAGCCACACACAAAGAGGCAGAAAGUCUCAAACACAGUUACAGUCACACACUCAAGUCACACAAAGGCAGACAGUCCCACACAUUUACAGUCACACACAGCCACACACACAGAGGCAGUCUCUCACACACCCAUUUACAGUUACACAUAGGUACACAGCCACACACACACACACACUCUUAUAGUCACACACAGGCAGUCAAACACAGAGGUCAGACAGUCACACUCAGAGUCAGACACAGCCACACAUACCUUACUAUCAAGGUUUAAACUAAAUAAAACACAGGUUUCACCAAUCUUAUAGAAUGUCAGAGUUGAUACUGAUUGCAGCACCCUUAACCAACACAUGCAUUUGCACUUGAAUGACUGCAGCUCCCUUAGCCAUCACUGGCACCUCCACGUCAGUGGCUGCUGCUCUCCCUAAUAUCUUCACAUCAGUAACUGCAAUUUUCCCAUCCCACAUUCACAAUUGAGAAACUGUCAAUUUCUUACUCAUCACAAGACCUUCUUGUUUCAGCCAGUGCAGCUCCUUUUAUUCUUCUUUUCAAAUGUAUAAUAUUAAGGUAGUCUGGGGGUGUGAGCUGUAAGAAAUAUCUGUGCUGUGUUCUCCAGGAACUCUGCUGAUGGUUGACAGCGAAGAAGAGUUUUUCCCAGAGGAGAUAUCCAAACUGCGCAGAGAUGUUGGUAAUGGGCUCUCGUUAAUUGUGUUCAGUGACUGGUACAAUACGUCUGUCAUGAGGAAGGUCAAAUUCUAUGACGAGAAUACCAGGUACGCUCAGAUUAAAAUCAAGUAAUUGUCACUAUAUACCAUGAAGGUAUUUGUCACUUUGCCAUGAAUAUCUCUCUCAUUAGACAAUUGCCACGUUGCCUGCAUAGACCCCUGAGUCGUUUGGCAUCAACAGUGCAAACCGUUAUAUGCUCCUAAUUCCACUGUGUUUUUCUGUUCUGUAUGCAUCACCCUGUCCCUCUAGUCUUUUCAUUGUCAUUAGCAGGCAACCCACGGACAUUUUUGUAGCAAAGUAUUGGCGGUCUGUAAUUGAGAAAGCCACAAACUGCUAUAGAAAGCCACAAACUGCUUUUUAUAGUAACCAACCUCAUAGCUUGUAUAAAAUAUGCAUAACCCUAGUAUGAUUAACAUUUUAAGAAGCAAUGUUGGCAUACCCAACAUAUUUCAUUUAUUAAAGGGACACUCAAGCACCACAACAACUUCAGCAUAAAGAAGUCGUUUUGGUGUAUAGAUCCUGCGCUCUCACAGUUUAAUUCUCUACUAUUUAGGAUUUAAAUAACUUUCUUUACUCAACCCUAGCCACACCACCCCUGGCUGAGACUCUUACACACUUUCUUAAAAAGAUAGAAAAACUGCUUCCCUUAUAGCACAGUGUGUUUAAUCUAGAUUUUAUUCUCUCCUGCUAUGAAAAUAGCUUGCAGGAGCUUCAUGUCUGUGAUUUUAAAGUUCAAUUCACAGAGCAGGUAACAAAAAUACCUAACGUAAAUACAUUGUGCUAUAAGAUCUGAUUAAGAAUGCAUCAAUUUAUUUUUUUCACAGAGGAUGUGAGAGUUACAGCCAUGGGAAUUUGUGGCCAUGUCUGCAUAAAUAGAAGACAGAGGGCUUUAACUCCUAAAAAAAAUAGCAGAAAAUUGAGCAGUGAAACUGCAGGAGCAUGAUCUAUUCACUAAAGCUGCUUCGUUAAGCUAAAGUUGUUAUAGUGCUUAGUUUGUACAGCUGCAUUCUGGAUCCUGCUUCCACGUGGUUUGAAAAAUCAUUAGUCUGUAUUUGUGGAUCACAUUCCCCUUUUUUGCAUCUUGAAAGUGUAUCUCUCUAACACCCCUGAUAACUUUUUUUUUUUUUUUUGACUCGGAUAUUGACAUUUUUUUAAUUUUAUUUUUUAAAUAAAAUGUGCAGCUGUUUUGAAUACUUAAUAUAUACCCUAAAGAUUCUAAGAAUAUACAUUCUUCUUUAUAGCUCUGUCUGGGUACAUGCCAGUCUUUGUUAAUGACUGAAAUUUGUUACCUUGCAUGUGACACUAUUUGUUUUUAUCCAGACAAUGGUGGAUGCCAGACACGGGAGGUGCUAACAUACCCGCUCUGAAUGAUCUGUUAUCAGUCUGGAGUAUGGCCUUUAGUGAUGGCAUAUAUGAAGGAGAUUUUACAAUGGCUAAUCAUGACAGUAAGUAUAUUUAAUAUAUUAUAUAUUGAAGAUUGUGAUGAGGAGCUGCAAAAUAUCUUACUUAUUACAUGUUGUAUUUUAGUGUACUAUGCAUCUGGCUGCAGUAUUGCCAAGUUUCCAGAAGAUGGUGCAGUUAUAUCACACACUCUCAAAGACCAAGGUACACAGAUUCUAUUCAUCCUAUGUGAAGUCUGGCACACAUGUAUGCAUUAAUGUAUAUUAAAAUCCACUUCAAAGCCAUUCCUGUACAUACACAAAGCUUUGCUUUAAGCAUCCCCACCAGAUCAAUAUUUCAAUAUCUCUCUACUGUUGCUUAACUUUCGAUAUCUGUUCUCUCUACUCUACUGACACAACAGUUUUUAUUUCUUAUCACUGGGAUGAAUGUAUUUCUGUGUCCUACUCUUGCUUGUAAACUAUGAUCCCCACUCCCUCAGUCCAAAUUAUGUCCUCACUUGUUCUGUGCCAGGAAUUGAAGUUUUGAAGCAGGAAACUAUUAUGGUUGAAAAUGUGCCUGUUCUUGGACUGUAUCAAACCCCAUCUGAAGGAGGAGGUAGAAUUGUGCUUUAUGGAGAUUCGAACUGCUUAGAUGACAGCCAUCGACAGAAAGGUAUCAUCACAUUUAGCAGAUUCUUUCUAUAUACAACAUCCCCUGUUCUUUGAGUGUAUAUUGCUCAUGUUAAAAGGACGCUAUAGUCACCAGAACAACUACAGCUUAUUACAUUUGUUCUGGUGAGUAGAAUCAUUCCCUUAAGGCUUUUUGCUGUAAAUACUGUCUUUUCAGAUUACCGCCUAGGAAUAACUCCUGUGGCCACUCCUCAGAUGGCUGUUAGAGGUGCUUCCUGUGUCAAUGCUGCACAGUGUGACUGUGAUUCAGUGUCUCCACCCUCUGCAUGCAGACACUGAACUUUCCUCAUAGAGAUGCAUUGAUUCAAUUAAUCUCUAUGAGGAGAUGCUGAUUGGCCAGGGCUGUGUUUGACUUGUGCUGGCUUUUUCCCUUAUUUGCCUCCUUGACAGUCUCAGCCAAUCCUAUGCGGAAGUAUUGUGAUUGACUCAGACUACCACUUCUGAUGAGGCCAGCAGGCAGAUCAGAGUCAUACAGGGACAGAGCCAGCAGCUGCAGACUUGAAUACAAGUAAGAUUUUACUAUACUUAGAGAGGCAAGGGGGCUAGAUGGUGGUUUUAACUCUAUAGGGUUAGGAAUACAUGUUUGUGUUCCUGGCCCUAUAGUGUUCCUUUAAACCUCUGAUCGUACUCCUUCAUGCAUAUAGUCCUGCUCUGUUAAUAUUCUCUGGUCUAACUAAACCACAAAAGAAUUAGGAGAUUGGUUGUUCUCAACCUGAUUCACAGCACACAGUGAUCUUUCACACGUACACAUAAUCACAGCUGUGUAGAAAUUUUGAGCUCUGCUCUGUGAGCAUUAUAUAUGUAUGGUCAGUAGAACUGAGAAUUUAUGUGUGUGUGUGUAAAUAGGAUUGUAGUCAAGGAUAUGUAAUAAAAAAAAACUUUAGCUUUAUAACUCUCCCCCCCCCCCCCAAGUUUCAGAUUAAAAUUUUAUUUUUUUAAUUCCUUGAGUGCUGUCCUAUUUUUAUUCUAUUUCUAUUUUACACAAAAAAAUAUAUAUUUUUUUUUUGUGUAAAAUAGAAAUAUAUACACACACACACACACGCACGCACGCACGCACGCGCGCGCGCGCCAGAUCUUUAACUUACCUCUGCUGCAUUAUUCUACAUCGUUGAAAUAGCAUUUACUGGAGUGAAGAAACAAAGAUAUUCCACUUUUCUGGAAGUGAUAGCUCCUCUUUCUAAUAGGUUGAUGCUCCGUUUUACAACUCAAUAGUGGGAAAACGAAAAGUGCCGUGCUAUAUCACUAAUCACUUUUACGGAAAGUCAUAUAUAUGUUUAGUAAUAAAAUUAGAAGAAAACUAAGCACUAUUAUGCCUUAUAGCUUCACUUUAAAUCUUCAGUAGGAGCCUGGAUAUCUUGCUUGGUUUCAGCAUUAUGCAAGCUGUGCAAGAUGGUUUCCGCACACAGAUCAAUAGGAAAAUAACUGGUUGUUAGAAAAGAGAAUAAAAUACAUUUUGAGCAGUAAACCUUAGAUGACUUGAUCGAACAUCUGCAAGUGACUGUUGGUAUCUGCAUGUGUCAGGCUGCGAAGAAAGAUUAUUGGAAUCACUGAGCGCAAGCAGAAACCUGAAUUGAGGUUAGGCAGGUUAACAGAAAGAUGUGCAGCCAAUGGGCAAUCAGAUCUGUCCUGCUUUCAUCAAUUGCCUACUGUCCUAUAGAACUAAACUAGUGUACAGAGACAGACAAGUCAUAAGUAAAAAUGUUGGCAUACAUUAUUGCACAAAUGGUGAAGUAGUUUAUGAAACAGUGUCAAUUUUACAGAAUGGCUUAGAGGCUCAGAUUUGGAACAGCAAUAUAAAAGUGGAUGCGUAAUGCACAAAUCGUCAAGCUAUCUAGAAAGUUUUUAUAAUGCUUUCCCGUUUUUUAUAUAUAAUGAUUAAGUGGAUUUUUAAAGCAGUUGGGAAUAGACGGGGCCUAAAGCUGUUACAUAUCAUUUUGAGAACAGAGAAAAGCUGCGGCCAGUUAUGUAUUUUGAUGCAGUGAUACAUAGAGUUCUAACUUUCCCAGGGAAUAUGACUGCCAUGUUGGUAUACUCAGAAUACUAUCAAUAUAAUCAUAGGAUUCCUAUUUCAUUGCUGGCCAAUCCCUCAUUAUACUGCUGUCCAAAUACAUUGUUCUAGUAGUCAUGCUAGUUUUUGCAUACAUGUCAUACAGUGUUUAUUUGACAGAUUGUUUCUGGAUGUUGGAUUCCUUGCUCCAGUAUACAGCCUAUGGGGUGAUGCCACCAAGCCUCAGUCACUCUGAGAACCGUCAGAGACCACCAUCUGGGCUAGGAGUACUUCAACCUGAGAGAAUGGAAGGUAAGGCAUCCUCUGGGUAAUUUGUUUAUCACACUGGUCAAGUUUAUGACAAUUUUUAGAGUGAAAUGCACAACCCAUAACAAAACGGUUAAAGUGCAAAUAUACUGCACAUGGUUUUUAUGCAAGCUCAACAUUUUAAGAAGACAUGUAAACUUUUUUUUCUAAAUUGUCUGUGGGCACACCUGGCUGCAGGAAGCUAUGUACAACAAGGUAAAACAAACAUAAUUAUUCACCAAUCUACACAUGUAUCAGUAUUGGUGCUCAGCGCUUCACUGUCCCAAAGUACAUCUAACCUAUUUAUUUAUUUAUUUUUCCCAGAAGUCACAAGGGUAAAAUCUUGAUUACUUUUAUUUGUUAGGCUCUUUUGACUCUUUCCUCUGCAAAAGUAAACUUAAAUACCCUCAUAACCACGCUGUCAAGAAAACCAAAACACCCCUUUUACACUUUUAAUGCUCUACUUUACCCUGUCGCUGCUCCUCCGCUACUAACUUGACCACUACAAACGUCGUUACUCACUUCACUGAGAAAAUUUCUGCAAUUUCGUACCUCCCUACCAAUACUAAACAAAACCCUGCUCCCGCAAUGCCAGAAGAGGUUUCUGCUCUGAUUCGAGUCUCCAGCUUUACCACUCGUUCCCUCAAUCUUAUUCCCUCACAUCUCACUUGCGAUUUGUCUCCUUCUCUUGCUCUGCAAAUCAUAAAAUCUUCAAUCUCUCCCUUUCCUCUGGCAUAUUACCUUCAGCUUUCAAGCAUGCAACCAUCACCCUAAUUCUUAAAAACAAAACAAAAAAAAACAAACAAACAAAAAAGCCCAACCUUGACUCUAACUCCUCAUUCAACUACCAUUUGCCUCCAAGAUCCUCGAGAGAGUUGUGAAUUCUGUGCUCGUCACUGUCGAAAUGGCUCUAACCCAAAGUAUCCAAUGAUUUAAUUGCUGCUAAAUCCAGUGGUAUAAGAGACAGUGCUCUUUCUGCUUAAUUCUCCUACCUCUUCCAGCUCUUUUUCUUUUCAGCGUCUUACGUGUUCCUAGCUUGCCACAUUAUUCUUUAAUGACUGUGGUGGGAAGGCUCAACUUCCUGUCUGCCUACACCUCCCAUGCCUUGCUGCUCCGUCAGUCGUUACACUGGCUUCCUGUAAGAUUUAGGGAUCAAGUUAAGUCUGCUGCUUACUUGCAAAUCUGUACAUAGCACUGCUCCUAACCAGUGACGUCGCUUGGUGGGGACCAGAGGGGGCCAUGACCCCCCCCCUGCAUCAUGCUGUGCCCCCCAAAUGCCAGCAACUUGCUGGCCAUUCUAUUCCCUCGGGCUGUAACAGUCUGUUACAGCCCGAGGGAAUGCAGGACAGAGCAGCUGGAACUGUGCUGGGGCCGGAGGGAGCACUGACAGGCUCCCAGGCACAGGCCCCACCCCCAAAUGAAGCCCCACCUCCCACACAUAAGCCCCACCCCUGUCGUUAAGGAGCAGACCUUGCUGCUGCUGGAAAGGCCAGAAGAUGGCUGUCUGACCGCUCAGCAGCAGCCUCCAGUGACAGGUAGGCUUGAUAUGCGUGUGUGUGUGUGGACUCGGCAGUCUGCGUGGACUCGGCAGUCUGCGUGUCUGUCUGUGUGUGUGUGUAUGGACUCUGCAGUCUGCGUGUCUGUGUGUGUUUAUGGACCGGGCAGUCUGCGUGUCUGUGUGUGUUUAUGGACUCGGCAGUCUGUAUAUAUGUGUGUGUAUACAUGUAUAAAUCAGCCUGUGUGCAUUCAGAAAUCUGUGUGUGUGUAUUCAGCAGUCUAUCAAUAAUUAAAAUGUUAUUCCUGUGAGUUGUUGUGUAAUAAGGGCCCAGUGCACUGCUUUGCCCGGGGGCCCUUAACGCUGUUAAAAUGGUACUGCUUGUGUGUGUCAGUGAGCUUCUAGUUAGUGAGCAUGUGUGUGUCAGUGAGCUUGUCUUUAGUGAGUUUGUGUGUGUUCCUGAACUUCUUUGUAGUGAGCCUUGUGUUUAUACAAGUGAGUUUGUCUGUAGUAAGCUUGUGUGUGAGUCAAGAGAGUUUAGUCUGUCAGUAAGCCUAUUUGCGCAUGUCAGUGAGCUUGUGUGCUUACUGUGCAAUAUAUAUAUAUAUAUAUAUAUAUAUAUAUAUAUAUAUAUAUAUAUAUAUAUAUAUAUAUAUAUAUAUAUAUAUAACUUGUAGGAAUGGCAUACAUUUUUUUCCUGGACUGCUUUGGAUUCCCAGGGAUUCCCAAUUUGGCUCUGCCAGCGAGUGCGCUUUACCGUUGAAUCAUCUGUGUGAGCUGCCACACACUUUAACCCUGUUACAUGCAUCUGGGAGCUGCUGUUGACAGGUACUAGUAGUCUAGAGAUUGGGACAAGGGGUAUAUGCUCAGCUAUCUGUAUAAUACUAUAGUGCUGUUCUCUGUAUAAUACAGAUCUGUGUGUGUAUAAUAUCCCAGGAUAGUCAGUGCUUUCUGUAUAGUGCUGCUCUUUUGUAUAAUACAGGUCUGUGUCUGUAUAAUAUCCCGAGACAGUCAGUGCUCCCUGUAUAGUGCUGCUCUCUGUUUUGGGAUGUUAUACACAAACAGACCUGUAUUAUACAGGGAGCACUGACUGUCCCAAUUUAUUAUACACACAACCCUGUAUUAUACAGAGAGCACUGACUGUCCAGGGAUAUUUUAUAAACAGACAGUAAUUGAUAGCUGUACUGCAAAAUGUCCUUGGAAAUAUUUUUCAAAUGUUGACAACUAUGGCACUGUAUCAAGGGAAAUGUGUUUGUUUUUUAAUAAUCCCUGGUGGAAAAUAAUGAAUCAUCCAACAGGGAUUAUUAAAAAAAACACACAUUGUGUAUGGGACGGGGCUUAACAUGCGGCAGGGGCGGAGUCAAAUUGUGGCGAGGGCGGGGUUAAAUGUGCCCCCUACUUUUGUCCCUGCCCCACCAUAGCCCCCCCUCUAAAAAUGAAUCCUAGAGACGCCACUGCUCCUAACUACCUAUCUUCACUAUUACACAAAUAUGUCCAGAUUUGCACGUAUCCAUUGUUUAUACUCGUACCUCUGAUGCCCACCUUCAAGACUUUUCUAGGGCUGUGCCGUUCCUAUGGAUCUUUUUUCCAUACUCUGUUACACUCACACCCAGGCUUGGUUCCUUAAACUGUUAAUAGCUUUUCCAUACAUAAAAUAUAUCCUAGCCCUAACUCUUGUGCCACUCUUGUACUCCCCUCCGUCUAGAAUGAAAGCUCAUUUGAGCAGGGCCCUCUACACCAUCUGUUCCUGUUUUUAUCCACCUAUUGUACAUCGCUGCAGAAUUUGUUGGCCCUUUAUAAAUAAUAAUUCAUUGCUGCCCUCCUCCUCCUUCAGUCUACUCAUUAGAUAAAAAAGUUGAGUAGUAGUUGCGACCAGACAAGUUUAAAGCUCUAAUUUUAUUAGUCGUUGGAGCUUCUUUUUAAAAGCAAAUCUAAGGAAGAGCCACAAACCAAAAAAAGUUAGUUAAUCUAAAGAAAGGAUACUACUUGGACCAUUUACUACUGUAUUAAUGUAACUGCUACUUUCUGCAUGGCUUGGUAUUUGUUUUUUUUAUUGUUGUCAGCAAAUUGUAUUUACUGUGAAGUUUGUUGUUGGUACUUACUUUAUAUGUAAUGUUGCAGCAAUGUGUCAAAGGUCAUUUGUAAUGUCAGGAGACCUCAGACCAACUCUCUGCAGGUACUUGUUAAUUGUUCUCAUUCUGCAGCGCUGUCUCUGUCUUAGCAGUGCUUAGCAAUAGUUGUAUGGUAAAGUGAGAUUUCUAUUGCUACCUUAACUGCCAUGUGAAAUGGACUAGUGUAGUCAGUAUUAUGAGUUGCUGAAACUGUUGGAUGUUGACCUGGUGGUAAGUUGGUUCUUUUAGUCAUAAAAUUAAUUAUUUAUUAUAAUUAUAUACUUUGAGGGUCUAUAUGCGAUGUUCAGAUUUAUCCACAUCCAUGUAUCCCUGUGUGUACUUUUUAGGAAACCAUCUGCAUCGGUAUUCAAAGGUUUUGGAGGCUCAUUUGGGAGAUCCGAAACCAAGACCUCUACCAGCCUGUCCACACCUGUCCUGGGCCAAGCCACUGCCCCUGAAUGAAACUGCACCAAGGUCUGUAACAUUUGCUAGAGUGGCUCAUUGAAUUGAAACACUAAAUGCAAGGAUGGAAAAAGCAGGGUCCUAUGUAUAGUUUUCCAAUUUAGAUCAUACGGCCAUUUUGCAAAAUGUGAAGCUAGCUUACUUAUAAAUGUAGAUAAAAUUAAGUAUAUAUUCAUAUUUUAGUUGUGUAUAUGUUACUUGUGCAUCCCCUAUGCAUAAAAUAUUCCCGUUUGCCAGUUCACCAUUCCAUUUCCCUUUCUUGCUUUUGUGACAGUAAUCUGUGGAAGCACCAAAAACUGCUGUCUAUAGACCUGGAUAAAGUGGCUUUACCUAACUUCCGUCAGAACAGACCGCAAGUGAGGCCACUGUCUCCGGGCGAGAGCGGAGCAUGGGACAUACCUGGAGGUUGGUAGUGAAUACUUCCAUGUUAAUAUCGUAUGGCUUGACUGUGUCUGAAGUACACUAGUUGUACAUAAGUUAGUUUUGCUAAUUAACUUAAAUAUCAAAAUAAAAUAAAAAUAGUGUCUUUAAAAAAUAAAUAAAAAUAAUAAUAAAAAUCCUCCCACUCUUUUCAUUAAAGUGGCACUGUAGGUACCAAAUCCACUUCAAUUAGUUGAAGUAGUUAUGCUUUUUCAUAUCCCUUUUAAAAGAAAAAAAGUCCCGUUUUGUCCCAAACCACCUGUGUUAAUGUUUUUGGUUUUUUUUUAUUAUAACUAUGCUUCCUCAAUAUGUAAGGCUAGUGUAGGGGUCCUGAAAAACACCACACUGGAGCUCUUAUUUACUAUACUGACAAAUUUUAAUCUAGUGGCUGUAAAGAACCAGAGUGCAAAAUGUUUUUUUAUUUUUUCUGGGAUUUCAGUUGUCAGCAAUAUGAGAAAGCAAGCUUAAAUAUCCAAAUCUAAUUUUAAGUUAAAUUUACACAUGUUUAGAAUUUGUUCGUACAGAUAACAUCUAUUUUUUAUUUCCUCUUACAGGAAUUAUGCCCGGGCGUUAUAACCAGGAAGUUGGUCAGACUAUUCCUGUCUUUGCAUUCCUCGGUGCUAUGGUAGUUUUGGCUUUUUUUGUGGUGCAAAUCAACAAGGCCAAGAGCAAGCCAAAGAGACGAAAGCCACGUGUGAAGCGACCUACGCUUAUCCAAUCGUUUCACCAAACAAAGACUCCGUCUGUAUGAGCAGAGCUUGGGUCUAGACUUGUGUGCAGGGAGAGUUGUGAUGUGAUCAGGGGCCACAUGGCAGCUCUUAACUUCACCCCAAAGACAGACUUUUUCGAAUGAACUUUCCUACAAAGGGAGAAAACAAAUCUCUUACUGACCAAACAUAAUUGGUAGAAAUUGCUCCUUUUUAUAUUUAUUGUGUCAAGAAAAGCCCUCGAAAGGACUACUCUCUACCAAAAAGCAUUGCUGGGUGAAAUGCAAUAUUUUAGAAGGACAUGUCAUUGGGGCACACCAAAUUCGCAGAUGAGAACUUUUAGAAUUACGUUCCCCCCCAAACCAGUGACUUAUUUUUAUAAUUAUCUCUGGACGUUUUGUAAUUUUUGGCCGUUAUCUUCGCCAUUAUGGUUGGAGAGCAUUUUCAAUAAAUAAGCAUCAUAUAAUGAAGCACAACAUAUUGUCCCAGUGGUAUUGUUUGAUUGUAGUAGUAAAAACACAGAUAUUGUACUUUCUAAACAUUUUUCAUACGCAGAUCAUCACUGUGGAAGAAGCUGGCAUUUUUGGCUUUUUUUAAAAUAAGCCAAAACUGCUUUAAUAGCAAGAGGAACACUAUAGUCACAAAAACAACUAUAGCUUAAUAAAGCAGUUUUGGUAUAUAGGUCAUGCCUCUGAAGUUUGACUGCUCGAUUCACUGGAAUUUGGGGGUUUAGUCACUUUUGUUUCUGUUUAUGCAGUUGUGGCUGACAUUGAGCAGUGGGACUGCAGGGGCAUAAUCUGUACACAAAAACUGCUUGAUUAAGCUAAAGUUGUUUUGGUGACUAGAGUGCAUCUUUAAUAGAAAAAAUGUGUAUUGUUUAUCAGUUGUCCAGUUUUUAUAUAUAAUUGUGUGUUAAAACAGUGGUUCACCAGGGUUUGUGGACCUCUAGACAGGUCUGUUUUUUUUUUUUGUUUUUGUUUUUUUUGUUUUUUAAAUACUGUUUUAUAUAUACAAAAUGUUUUAAAUGAAAAUGUCAGAUUGCCAUCAAAUAUUCACUUUGCACACACUUAUUUUUACAAAGAAGGGAAUUUUUGCCAUAAAACUAAGAACAGAACGCCAUCUCUGUUGUAAGUAUAACUGUUAUGUCACAGUAGUUACAUAAGUGAUGCAUACAUGUGCAAGAAUGAUACAAGAUGCAUCGAUUGUGCUAAAUAACAUUUUCAUCUCAACUCCAACUGCUAUCAAAAUAAAAACUUUGAAGCAGCACGUUCUUACAUAAAUA